ACAGGGCAUAGUCCCCUGUUAUCAGGAGUAUGAAUGAUGGGGAGGGCUGGCACAGCAGCCAGGGAGGCGGCAGAGAGGCAGGAGACAGGCUGACAGCAGUGCCUUACAGGGAAAGCAAGGGAUACCAGCAGCAAAGGUGAGUCAGGUACAUACCGGCCAUGGCAGGGGGGUUGUAAUGGGGUAACAUUGCCAGCAGCCUGUGAGAGGGCAGGGGGCAGUCACCAUCCAUCCCUACACACUGCAUCACAGACAGACAGAUCAGUGCUGGCUGCCGCAUUAGGAGAGACAGGCAGACACACUGACAGGGAAUGCAUUAGACUGCCCACUGUGUCUCCUGUCUGCAGCCGGGCACACGUUGCUCCUACCGCCCUUACUCCAGCAUUGUCUUCCUAUUGUCUCCAGUAACACAGAGCCGCCUGCCAGAUCUGCCUCUCCGGGAGCCAUCCUCAGCCACCCGCCCACACCGCAGCCACAGCCCGCACCGUCAGCCCUGCAAUAUGGGGAAGAAAAUGAAGAAAGGAUGCGACUGCAAACGGGUAUUCAAAGACAACUGGCUGCUGAUCGCCACCGUGGUGUCUGUGGUUCUAGGUUAGUGUUUCUUCCAUUCACUGGCCGAGGGUUUAAUGAUGGGUGUGAAUGUAAAUAUGUGUAUGGGGAAAUGUGUACAGCCAGGUUUCUGCUAGUGUGAUCAUCAAUUCACAUCCCCUGCUAGGAGCUCCAUAGAAUCAUUGGGAGUAAUGGAAUCUUGCUGUCUGUGCUAACAUUCUGUUAUAUCAACAUACAGCAAAUUAUCUGCAGCAUGCACCAAGAGCAUGGAAGCCACAGCUCUCUAGCAAGAAUUUAAAAAAAUAUAUUAAUUUUAACCUUUUAAAUACAAGCAAUUGCACCUAGGGUUGUUAUAUGUGUGUGUGUGUGUGUGUUCUAUUACAUCAUUACACCCAUAUAUAAAUAUAUGUAUAUUUGUUAAGAGGCAAGUGAUAUUAUUAAAGGUGUCAUUGUACAAUACACACGUGCAACAAAUUAUUUGGUUAUAUGUAAUAGUGUUCUCAGUAUAGUCAUCCCAUGAAAUCAAUGUAUACAUAAAUAUAUAAAGAAACCGAUCAUUGAAAUGCAAGGCACAUAUAUAUAUAUAUAUUUUAAAUCUCCCACCUUCCAGCCUGAGAAAUUUGCCAGGUAACAGGAUCAAGCAGGUACCUCUCCUGUUUGAAUAGAAAACUCAGACAGCUAGUUAUGUGGUUUAAUGCUAACUGCCUGGUGAGUGCUAACUUUUCGUAUUAGGGUUAAUUAUUAAGGUGCAAAUUAUAUGAACUUCAAAGUGAAUUUGAAUUGAUUUUCACGUUUUAGGCCAAUAUAGCAAAAUUUAAACAAAAUCUCUAAAUCAGCUAUUUAAAUUUGAAAUUCACUUUGAAAUCCCAUCAACUUACCCGUUGGUGUAUAACCAGGAUAGGUCUAAGGUCUUCCUUAAAAGUCAAAAUGGCAAAACCCAUAUUGCGAAGACAACUAAUGGAACAGAUUGCAGAAACGUACAUAAUCCUGUAUUGGGUUACUUGCUGAUAAAGCCCGUGCUAGAAUAUUUGGAACAUUAUUGCAGCUUUAUGUUGUCUUACGUAACUGUUCAUUUUGCUUUUUUUGUUUUUUCUUAUCUUUUUUUGGCCCCUUUUCUUCAUCAAGCAAAGCAUUUUAAUAGAUUUGAAUAAUAGUGAUUGCUGUCUUGCAGUUCGCACUACCCAACUAUUACCUCCAAUUCACAUUAGCCUUUUUAAUUCUUCCUAUGUUUUCCAUUAAUAGGUUUCUCCAUACCAACUUUCAGGUUUAAUUUUUUCCAUGCUAAAUACUUUUUAAAAAAAAUAUAAGGUCAAUUUCACAUUUUAAGUUAAAACGGGGGAUUGGAAAACAUUCCAGCCCAUCUAUUUUGGCCUAAAAUUUAAAAUUUAUUUUGAAUUCUCAAUGCUGAGAAUCCUCACUUGAGAAGAAAAACCAGGAACUCUGAAUAAAUACAAAAGUCAAAAUAACAGAUAAACAAGUCUAGAUCAGGAUAGGAGAAUGCAACAGCGUUAGAACACUAAACCAGCAGCAGGCAGGAAAAAUUUCUGAUUUUGAAAAAUAUUCCAAAUCAGCUUUAGUUACAAACGGUAAAUUGUAAAUAGAAAUUAUUUUAAAAAAUGAAAGCACACAAGCAGAGUUUUUUCACUAACUUCUGAACAUUCUGGUCAUAUCUGGACAUGUUAAAUCCUUGCAUUGUAUUAUUUUGUUUGAAAAACAAUAAAAUAUGAUACAUAUUUUUUUUUUUUUUUUAAAACAGCCAAGCUAUAGCCGAGUUUGAUAAUUUCUCCAAAUAAGCUAUGACUGUUUCCCUGUUCAGAUUUCAGUUUGCUAUUAUUCAGUCUGGUGAAUAAUCCUGAUGAUGUUAUCCCAAUAAUUGAUAUAUAUUGAUUUUCUUCAUGUUUUGUUUCUUACAUAAUUUUCAUCCUAUUGUUUUAUAUUCACUCUGAGGAUUUUUUUGGUUUGCUGAACACAAGAAGAAGCAUGAAUUGUGUAUAUUGUUAUACAUUUAUUCAUGCAUAUAUCCAGGGUCACUUCGGGAUUAAGUGGCUUCUUAGUGGCAAUGAAUUACCUGGUGUGUAUUUGUAGGUCUGGUUAUUAAUAUAUAGCACUAGGUCUGUUCACUGAGCUUCAGCUGUAGGUCUCUCUAAGAUCUCUCAUUAAGAUGGGCCAGUGGACCUGUUAAGUAUUAGGUCUUUUUUAGUUUGUAUAAAGAUGCUUAUCUACAACGUUUGCUACCAAUGCCCUGGAUCUGCAGAAGCUGAAAAAUGGCUUGUUUUUAUCAGGCAGGUUAAAGGAAAACUAUAGGUACACUAUAGGCAUCAAGGCCACUUCAGCUCAUAGAAGUGGUCUGAGUGCAUAUUCCCAGGUCCCUUAACCCUGCAAUAGUAAUUAUUGUAAUUAUUGAGAAACUGCAAUAAUUACUAUCCGAGGUAAACUAAACCUCUAGUGGUUGUCUACCAGAAAGCCACUAGAGGGACUUCCGGGUCGUUAUGCUGGACAUUCUCUUGCUAUGCAUCACCUGAAACCCUACAAGAAAGCAUUGUAGAAUGCUUUCCUAUGGGGCUGCUCUAAUGUGAACUCAGCCAUUGGCGUGCAUGCGCAUUAGUUCUCCACGCCAGCUGAUGUUGGUGAGGAAGGAGCAGAGGCUGAGUCCGAGCCAGCGGCGAGGGACAUUGAUGCUGGGCUCAGGUAAAUGACAGAGGGGGAUUUUAACUCCUUCUGCAUCACGGUGAGGGGGGGGGGGGGAAUAUAGGAAGCUAAAGUGCCAGGAAAACAACUUUGUUUUGCUGGCACUGUAGUUUCCCUUUAAGUGUUAGGAAAACAAUGAUGUAUCCCUCCCCCUUCCCCCCCAGCAGCAAGUAAAUAGUCAAUAUUCCUUUUUCAUUUACAUGAUUUCAGCACCAAUGUCUCUUAACACUAGGUUGGCUCCCACUUCAUCAAAGUCAGCCUAUGGGGAGUACUUAAUGCGCAUGCACGGCAAGCGCAGCACACACAUUAGGCCUUCCCCAUAGGAAAGCAUUGACUCAAUGCUUUCCUGUGGAGUUUUAAAAGACACUGGACGUCAUCAUGCAAAGCGUGAGAGCGUCCAGCGUCAUUUUACUUAUUCAAACUCUGUGAAAAGGCCAGGAAGCACCUCUUGUUCUAUACAAUAAUAUUCAGCUCUAGAUUUGUUUAUUAAGGUUUAUCUCUAGGGGGUUAUUCACUAAAUUGGAAAUUGCCUAGACUUGAAACAAGAAUUACAUAUUUUAGGCCAAAGCUGCUUAGUUAGAAUCGGAGCAGAGUUGAAGUUUAUUUUGCAGUUCCUUUGUUAAUUCUACUUUGUUUUCUCUGUAUUCUAAAAGAAGCACCAAGUAGGCUAGAUCAGCACGUCCUACCCAGUGAGUCAGGAUGCAGAAUUGGUCCCUAUGCUGUUUUAGUUUGUCCACAAUAGUUUACAUUGGUUACUGUAGUCAAUUUGUUUUACCUAUUGAAUUGUGAUUUACUAUUAAAGAAUAAAUUGCCAAGCUAGGCCUUGUAAGUGUUUUGUGUCCCUGUUAAAUAAAGGUUUAAAACCUCUGCUGUACAUCUGACUGUCCUAUGUUAUCCAGUGUUAUGAAGAAAUAAAUCCAUAGUUUGCUGUACCUGCACAUUGGCUCAUUGUCCCUAGUAAUUUCUAAUUACACACUUGUAAUAUUGUCACAUGCCAGACAGAAAUCUGGAGCACAGAAUGGUUACUAUACAUUUUUAAUGUGCAAGCUAGUGGAGGAGGAGGCAGUUUAAAUAUUGGAAGAUUUGUUCAAUAACCUGGGUUGUUCGGAAGUAAAGGGAAUAGAACAUUUAGGCUGAAAAAUAAGCUUGGCAAAUAGUUUUCCUUAAAUUUUAAUUUCCUUACAACAAUUCCAGGCUGACAAAUACACAUUAAAUACAUCAAUGAAAUUCUAGGAAAAAUCUUGCUUCAGGAUGAGUUAAGAAUAUGGCAGAUUUUGGAAAGUGAAGUGUUCACUCUUACUCUGGGAACACUUGUUGAAUAUCCAUUUAAUUAUGGGAGCUCCCACAGGGAGCUAGCAAGUUUAUUUUGGUGACAGGAAAAGAAAGAAAUGUUACCAAUGAGGGAAGUACAAUUAAAUUAAAAACAAUCAGAUUAGACAAACUGAAUAAUGAAUAAAAGUUUGAUAUUACGUAAACUAACUAAAUGGUGUUAAACAAGUGUUUUGUUUACUUGUUUUAUAUUCCUUCUAAUGAGUCACUGCUGCUAGAAAAUAGUGUGUAUUAAAGUGCAAGACCCUGGAAGUAUGGAUUUCAUAACUUUAUUUUACACUCUUAUAUUCCAUUAAGAACAGGUAUGUUUGUUAAGAGAAUUCCACAUGCUUUAAAAGUGGUCCUUAACUCAAGAUAUCUCCAUGGCACUUAAUAACACUCAAGCAUGUUGCUGUUAUUCUUGUGCAUUUUUACAUGUACUUUGUUUUAAGAGACUCCUGUAUUUACCCUUAUCAUUAGCAAUAUUAUUAACAGAAAUGGGGGAAAACACAGGGGUGCAUGUCAUGGGAACAAUGUGUACAAUACCUAUAAUUACUUAUAAGUACAAGGAAACUAAAAGGAGUGAUGUUGGGGAUAAGCUUUGUCAGCAUGGUAAGGGGACAUUUGGGGAUAAUAAAUAAGUUUUCAGCUGCAAAGUCAGUAAAUGUUAGUCAUUGUUGAUGAUGUUUCUGUGCACGGUGACUGAGAUGGCACCUUUACAGGUGCUGAAGCAGACACGAGAGAAUACCAAUUUGGAAAGAGAAAUUUCGAGAGACCUUCAGUGGAAUAGUCAAUACCGAUGAGGGAAGAUUGCACACUGAUACAAAAUAGGAUGCUUUUCUACUCAUGUGGCAGAGAGAUGUCAUAAGAGAUGGUGUGGAAUUAGGAACUGAUAUAGUGAGGGACAAGGGGAAGGAUGUGGGAGGAAUAAAGGGGACUGUGAAAAUGGAACUGAUAUAGAGGAUGGAUGUGAGAAAGGCAAAGGGAAGGUGAAACUAAAAAUAGAGAAGGAAAACUCGUAUAUAACGGUAGUUAUGAUAUGGAGGAGUAUGGAGGUGAGAAAGGAAAGAAGGGUGAAAUAUCUCAAGAGAAGGUGGGAAUAAAAAAUAGAAGUGUGGACAAUACAGUUAUAAAAAAGGAGAAAGUGAUGUAAUAUAAGAAAAGGGGAAACUGUCAGAUCUGUUACUUGAUCUCCACCAAAUUGUCAUAUGGCCUCAGCAUUGUUCACCGUCUCGGUAGCAGAUCGUCAUGCAAAAAAAAAAAAACUUAAUCUUGGUGAUAUCACCACUAUGAUGGAUGACCAUGGCAGUUAUAAACAACAUUUUCUCUCUCGGUAGCAACCCUUUAAGACAACUUAGGCUCCUUGUGGUAUUGAAAGUUUGCUUUCUAAAUCUAUUUUAUUAACCAUUACAGGUACCAUCAUUGCUCUCCUUAUCUUAUGGAACCAAUACCAUUGUAGCAUCCCAUAGUGGUUAUAGUACUUAGAGUGCACCUUUUAAAUAUGUAAAUGCAUUGUGUUUCUGUUGUGUUUGAAAUGUGUCACAUUUUACAGCUUGUGCUAUAUUUUAAAAAAAAUAACAGUAUGAAUGAAUUAUUCUCUUUGAAACUUUUAUUUUAUGUACAUCAAAUUUAUAAUAUCAAUUGCAAUGAAUAUCAAUUACUUUAUUUUCUGCUGUGACACUGCAAUUUAUUGGUCUUAUUUUAAACAUAAAGCACAGAGAAUGUCACAGCUCCUUCAUAUUUCUCAGGCACUUAUGUAAACUAGCGUACCACUGCAAACAAAACAACUUAUAAUUUUACAAAUGCAUUUAAGUCACUAGUUUAUAAUUAUUUGUGUGUGUAUAUAUAUAUAUAUAUAUAUACUGAUCAGCCACAAUAUUAAAUAGGAGAAGUAAAUAACAUUGAUUAUAGCAUUACAAUGGCACCUGUCAAGGGGUAGGAUAUAUUAGGCAGUAAGUGAACAGUCAGUUCUUGAAUUUAAUGUGCUCAAAGCAUAAAAACUGGGCAAGAGAAAAUAUCUGAGUGACAAGAGCCAAAUAGUGAUGGCUAGACAACUGGGUCAGAGCAUUUUUCAAAACAGGAAGUCUUGUGGGGUGUUGCUAGUAUGCAAGGAUUAGUAUGAUUAGUACCUACUAAAAGUGAUGCAAGGAAGGACAACCGGUGAACCAACGUAAGAGUCAUGGGCCCCUAAAGCUCAUUGACAUAUGUGGGCAGCGAAGGCAAGCAUGUCAGAUCACACAGAAGAGCUACUGUAGCUCAAAUUGCUGAAAAUCUUAAUGCUUUUCAUGAUAGAAAGUUGUCAGAAUACACAGUGCAUUACAGUUGGCUGUGAGCCACAGACAUGUGAGAGUUCCCAUGAUGACCCCUGUCCACUGUCGAAAGCGCCUUAUAUAAAGGAUGUGAGCAUCAGAACUAGACCACAAAGCAAAUGAAGUAGGUUUCCUAGUCAGAUGAAUCUUGUUUUCUUUAAGAUCAGUUAAAUGGCCAGGUGCAUGUGCGCCGCUUUCCUGGGCAGGAGAUGGCAGCAGAAUGCACUAUCGGUAGAAAGCAGACUAGUGUUACCCUCUGGGCAAUGUUCUUUUAUGUUACUUUUACACCAACUUAGAGAUUGUUGCAGCCCAUGUACACCCCUGAGGGCAAUGGCCUCUUUCAGUAGGAUAAUGCACCCUGCCAAACUGCAAAAAUUGUUCAGGAAUGGUUUGAGGAACAUGACAAGAGUUCAAGGUGUUGCCUUGGACUCCAAAUUCUCCAGUUCUCAAUCCAAUAGAGUAUCUGUUGGAUGUUCUGGAACAAAAUAUCUGAUCGAUAGAGGUCACACCUCACAACUUGCAGAAGUAUCUGCUGCUAAUGUUUUGGUGCUUGAUACCACAGAACAUGUGUAGAGGUCUUGUGGAGUCCAUGUCUUGACGCAUCAGAGCUGUUUUGGCAGCACAAGGGGGGCUUAAACAAUGUUAGGCAGGUCAUUUUCAUGUUGUGGCUGAUAAGUGUGUGGAUAAUAUAUAUUAUUUUUUUAAACUUAUUGAGAAUUACAUCCAAUUGUAACAUUCAAAUAUUGUUAUCUUUCUAUGGUAUGAGUUUUGAGAAUUAUUGUACUGUGAAAUAAACAGUGCUAUGACAACAAUUAAGCUGAGAUGUGGCUUUCAGUUUGGUACAUAUUGUUUAUAGAUUAAAAAUGAAUCAGUGAGUUUUGUUUAAGCACUAAAUGUGUAUUCAUGGAGUCUUGGAAACUAAGGCGAGGUUAUUAUGAUACAAGUUAUUUACAAAUUGCAACAUGAUGCUUUCCGUGAAACAGACUGUACAGUUUUUGUGCAAUGUACCAAGAAUAUAAUAUUUCACAAUUUAUUGGGAUGCCAUUUACCAAAGCUUCUAAAUUGCUCCUGAUCUGGUAAGUGCUGAGAUACACAGUAAGAUCUCCAGCGGUUAUCAACUCUGGUAUUGACUAAAUGCAGAAAUGAAGAUGACUUUUAAAUACACACAUUGAACUUUGCAAAUAGUCUGCUUUAUAACUCGACCUUUGUAGAUCUUUGGGGUGAACUGAAAAUCAAUUUUUCAAAUGAUUUUAAAAAUAAAAAUGAUUUAAAAAGCCACUGAAUCUGCCUUGGACAGAAGAUUGUAGACCUCCAUAUCCUUUGUUUAACUGCCCCUAUCUUACAACUCUGGAGUUGGGGAUGCAGUCCAUCGCUGCCCAAGCCCCAUCAGCUAACCUGCAUCCAUGUGAGGUAGUACCAUUCAAUAGAAUAGGCCUCUUGUUAAUAAGAGGUCCAGUGGGAUCUCCACAUUUAAUACUAUCCCACAUGUAAAGGGUCAUUGAUGGGUUGGCUGCCUCCAGAUUAUUACAGUAUGGUUGGGAUGUAUUUAGUGGGCCUUUUAAUUUUUCAAUUUAUUUUUUUCAGCUUCUACACCACUGUCUGUAGGGCAAGAGUUUUGCAGUAGAUUCCUAGUUCAGUUUUCCAAGUAAUCUAUUUAUGUACAAAUAUAUGCUUGUGGCUGCUAGCUUGCAAUUGAAUGAUGUUCAGGUCUGGCAAUCAGGAGAUUUUAACCUGGUAUCCAAAACUUGAUCAGCCAGAUAGGCUCAGUUGAACAUAUAAGGAAGUCACCAGUUUACUCAUUUUCCUUGGCAGUUGGUGACUUUGCAACUUUCCUGUAGUAAAUAGGCAAUUUGGAGAAUUUGUUGAAGAUGGCUUUUUCACCUAGAAUUGUGUAGAUUAACUGCAAAGGUUGUGCAACUCAACAUUUAGUGGAUGGACCCCUAUAAGAGAGCUGAUGUAUUAUAAACUAGUCAGUUACAUUUAGUGUUUCAUAGUUUUAUGCAACUUGCAAAAAAUUUCUUAAUUGAGGCAGAUGAAAGAAAUGGUUUUAGAGGUAGUUGAUUCACUUAGAAGCAAUUUCAAUAUUCUAAAACCAACUGCUCUACCUUAGUGUAGGGUAACAUUCUGUACUGAUUAAGUUUAACUAUUAUACAUGGAGUGUGCCAGCUACUGUGUAAAUGGUGAAGUCUGUAUUCAGUACCUACUCAGUGAUGUGGAACUCUGAAUGUCAAAGGGUAUUGGACAACAUAAAUAUCCCAAAACGUCUUCCAUCAUUUACAUAGACGUUAACAGGGCUAAUAAAUAUGGAAACUGCAUUCAUAGUGCAUAUACAAUUCAUUUAAUUAAAUGCAUCUUGCCAGUCUUGCUUGUUGGUUUGUCAUUCACACAGACUCCCUACACAUUGCACUAACAUACAUUGGCAGCAUUUGUACAAAAAUGUUUAUGCAUGGUUUAUGAAAAAAACACUAAUUUGGAAAUAAAAUAAAGUCUUAGGUGGAAUCUACAGUAAAAAGGUCAAAUAGACAUAUUGCUUUUUUUAUUUGAACAUGAAAUAACCAACUAGAAUGUGCCAUAAAAUAUAAUCCUUAUGGCUAGCUGUGUUCAAAAUACUGUUUUUUGUCCAUGCUGUUUAUAUAGAACUAGAAUAAUUUAUACUCUAGACUCAAAGGAAAAUGCUUCAUUUACUACUAAGUCAAAUAAUAUGUGGAUUAUGAAAUAUUUCAAGGGAGAUCAAAUAAGUGUUGAAGGGACACACUGCAAACUAUGUCUGUUUCCCAAGAUCUGGAGUGUGUAAGUAUUGGGCAAAUAAUCUCUGUAUUUGUUUUAAUGUCUGUUUAAAUCUGAUUUUAGGGGAAAUUGCAAACUAUUGAAUACAUACAUACAUCAGAUGUGACAGAUAAAGUACUUGCGCCUUCAUGGCUGUGCUUAAUACCUUGGUUGCAUGAGCAAAUAAAAGGUUGGACAAUUCAUUGUUUAUGGUUCUGGUCGAGAGUUUGAGUCUAAAUUCAGUACUUAGCAAAAUAAAUGACUAGAGUUGAUUUACCGUGUUAAACUUUAAAGGGACGUUCUGUAAUUAGGCUCCAAUACAUCACAUUUUCUGAUAUGAAAAGUGGUUACAAAAGACUAUUAUGAUAAUUAGCCGGGUUUGUAUUUAUAGAAUUGUAUUUAUUAAAUCCACUUCCGUAUUUUAUUUAUUAUGAUUAGAUUUUAUUUUAUUGUUCUUGUUAACUUAUUGACAGCCAAUGGACUUUCAUGAUAUCAUUUUAUAAUCCACCAUAUUGAUAUAAAUAUCGCAUAUACUUUUGUACUAUGCACCAAAUAUUCAGUAAAAUAAAUAUAUAUCCAGAUUAUGUAUUUUAGUCCAUAAUAUACCGCUAAUGGCAGAAAUAACAAGAGUAUUCUGUUGAGCAAAAAUGGGAUCAUCUACACAUCUGCAAAUUGAAUAAUAUCUGGAGAUUUGUGGACAGUCAUACAUCUCUCAUACUCAGGGGCUGUCCAGAACCACCAUGUUUUCUGGAACACAUAUCAUGUAUACAUAUGAUGGGCAGCACAUGAAAAGGUGUAUUAGAUAAAGCAACUAAGCAAUGAAGAAUCCUGCAGAAUAUGCAUUAUAAAUACUACAGGCCAACUGUUUUCAUGUGUUUUCAUAAUUAUGACAAACAUAUUUUUUGUCCAUGUAAACAUGUUGGAUCUGGUCACCCUGCUCAUACUAUUAAAGUUGGAUUUGUGCCAUCCAUACCAAACUCUUAGUCAUAUCAGUUAGUAUUGGGGUUUUAUUUAUUAUGUCACAAAUACAACACAUACAUAAUAAAAUAUCUGAUGAUACCAAGCUGAGAUAAAAGGGAGGGUGACUGUGCCAAGUAUGACUGUACUGUAUGCUUUUUAAUAGAACACUUUGUGAUCUCUCCAAUUUAUUAAAACUUCAUGUUUCCACUUUAUUUGUACUUUUUGCGGUUAUAGAGUAAUAAAAUUAUAGACACACACUACAGACUUUCUUUAAAGUGACACUAUAGUGUUAGGAAUGGAAAUCUGUAUUCAUAACUGUAUUGUCUUUAUCUUCCUAGUAAGUUUUUUCCACCCCCUUGCAGUGCCGCCAUCAAAAAUUUUGGGACCCCUAACUCAGCUCAUGGUCAGGGCCCCCGGGGGCCCCCCUCCAAGCCCGCCCAUGGGGACCGCCUCCAUAUCCCACCCACAGGAAUACACACACAGACACAAACACACGCACUAAUACAAAAGGACACAGAUACACACACACAAAGAUACACACAUAAAAUACUAACAGACACAUACUGAAACAGACAUACACACAUAUAGGCAUACAUACUGACACACACCUACUGAGAUAUACACACAUAUACAGACACACAGACAUACAUAGUGACACACAGACACAUACUAACAUACAUACAGACACACACACACAUACGGACAUACAUACAGACACAGACAUACAUUCAUACAGACAGACAGACAUACACACUGACAUGCACAUUGACAUACAUGCAUACUGACAAACAUACUGAGAAACAUACACACUGACAACACACCGCUCAUAUUUCAGCCACCCUCCUGGAGUGAGGAGUGAGCUGGGAUGAAGUGACCGGCCAUCACUUCCUCCCAGCAGCACUUGCAUUGCAGCUGAAAUUUUUUUAAAGGGGUCCGGUGGCAUUAUUAUACGGUCACAGCGCUGACCGGGCCUCUGAAGAUAUAGGGCCCAUCGGGUGGCCCUUAGUGCGUGGGCCACCCGAUGGGCCCGAUCAGCGUGAGGACCCCAGGGCAGCUGCACUGGUGGCAGUUCCGCCACUACAUGUGGGGGCCAUCAUGGUUGUCACCCCUGAUGGCGGCCCUGCCCCCUUGUGUGCACUGUAAAUUUAAAAAAAAAGUGAUAUGAGAGCUGGGAAGUAACUGUCCAGGGAAGUAACUAUUCAUAGGUCAGGAAGCGUGGCUUGAAACCAUCCUCCCAUUCCUUCUAAUUAGUAAAAUAAAAGAUUUGGGGGGAUAAUUCAAGGGGGAACUACUGUAGGCACUAUAAUAACUUAAGUAAGAUGAAUUUGUUAUAGUGAGUACAGUGUUCAUUUAAUGCCAUAAACUUUUCUUAAAUAGAUAUUAGUCUUUACUGUUAGAAUUACAUUAUUAGGUGAAACCUCCCGCAGGUGUGCACAUCCUGACUUUUGGCAUUAGUUCAAGUAAGACUUUGUUGUGCUUAGGUGACUUAAGCCUCAAUCAGGAUUUUCCACUUACUCAAUGAAUUUAGUUUCUGGCAUUACACAUGCAAUGUGUCAUGUGAUUAAUUUCUCACGCGAUUACAACAGAUUACUUUUAUUAUAUGACAGAACUGGUCUUAUAAAAGAAAACCAACGAGUUAAUGUAUUAUCUUUCUCAAUGUUACACACCAAUGAUGUCUCCACAUAAACUUUUGCAACUGUUGAGAAACAUAUAAUUAGUUUUAACUUACUGUAAAACUCAUCACUGCAGCUGUCACCAUAAGAGCUGCCAUCUUGUUUCCAUGAUCCCAUCAGCUUUGAGUCACCAGUUGUCUAAUGUAUAAUUUUGCCUGUAGAUGUAAAUAGAACCUUUCGGAAUGCACAGGUGAAUGUGUUUGUGAUCUGUAACUGCUUAACUGACUUAGUAUGAAUUUCCUUGCUUUCAUGCAUGCCACAACCUUAGCACUCAUUAACUCCUUAAGGACACAACUUCUGGAAUAAAAGGGAAUUAUGGCAGAAUAUUUCCGUCAGGUGUCCUUAAGGGGUUAAAUUCAAUGAACAUAAUGUUCUAUUAGUGCCAGUAGGAUUUCUCAUCUCAAUGGGGGAGAGCAGGGCGACUGGUAUUAGAGCUCAAUAACAACAGUCUAUUGAAAUUUUUGCAGAUAAAUAAUUUGGAAUGUUUUUCUAACAGUAUUUAAUCAUUUGGCAAUCUUAUUAAACUGCUGUUAAUAUGAAAUCCUAGACAGAUGAUGUAUUUGGAAAAUCAUGACAAUAGUGAAAUCUGUUUUGUGGGCGGGAUUUUUUUUUUAAAGUAAUUGUAUAAAAAUCAUAGUGAAAAGGGUACCGGUAAUAGCUGAAAUUUGUUUCACAAUUUUUACAAUAUUCGUAAUAUGUGAUGAGUUAUAUACAUCUAAAGCAUAACAAGUUCCAUUUGUCCUUUAAAAAUAUUUUGUGUGGAUGCAUGUAAUUGUAAGAGGGAGUGUAAAGUCCAGUACAUUUGUGUAAGAAAGCCAAAAUUGCUCUGGUUCUUAACACACAGCAAGACUAAAAGAUCCUGGCAGUUAAGUUUACUAUACGUUUUACUUUCACAUGUGAGCUGGAGCUGUCUGAGUGGGUGAAGAGUUUAUUUUAUUAAAGGGUUAAUCUAAGUACCAUAAGCCAGUGUCGUUACUAGGAUUGGUGUCAUCCAGUGUGGUAACUCAUGGUGUCACCCCAACACCCCUAGUAAUAUGUUUUGUUAUGUUCACUGAUGUGGAGAGUACAUGCAUGUAUUACAGUUUUUAGUGUAAUAUUAUAAGAUGUGUGUGCUUGGCUGGGUGUGUGGGGUUUGAUGAGUGUGAUGUGUGUGGAUUGUAUGUGUGGUUGGCUGAGUGUAAGUGGGUGUGUGUGUUUGUGAUGAUAUUUAUCAUUUAGUCUAUAUUACCUGCGUAGCGUGAUACUGUAAUUUUUCCAAGGAUCAAAAUACAGGCAAGAUACAGUGUCACUGUGAUGGUUUUACCGCUAUGUUGGAUCGUAUAGGUAAGUCUGAACGCAGGAGCCAGCAUUAGCAGUCCGGAGUUCCACUUAAAUCUCUGUGGUGCCUGAGUCUAUAUAUUGCUCUGUGCUCCAAAUAAUUUUGCCCACUUUAACCAGGAUUUCUCAAGAGAGGCCCUGGCGGGAUUAAUCAACAUAUUUAUUGUAUCUUAUAUAAUAGGAACAGCAUCUAAUAAGUCUUCUAUUUCCCAACAAUAUAGGGAAUCAGUUCCUUCAAAGCUAUUGCAUAUUCAAAUAAAGACAUGAUCAUCACAACAAUGAUCUGAUUGAAAUAUUCCAUGUUGAUCAUGCACAGAUAUAAAAUUAUUAAGAAAACAUGCAUGACAUUAAAAAUAAUGAAUAAAGAGAUCAGUGUAAGUCAGGGUUGGUGCAAGGAUUUUUACCGCCCUUGUGUGCGCGUAGUGUGAAAGAGCUCCCUGUCCUGCCCCCCGUCCUGCCCCCUCUCCUAUAGAGCUUUCCCUUCAGUCACUUAGAGCUCCCCCCUGCCCCUUAGUGGUCUCUCCUCCCCUGUCCCUUAGUGGUCUCUACUCUCCUCCCCCCCUCCCUUAGUGGUCUCUACUUUCCUCCCCCCCCCCCUUGUGGUCUCUCCUUUUCUACCUGAUUUUAGUGGUCUCUCGUCACCCCCUUAGUGAUCUCUGCUCUCCUCUAUCCCCCUUUCCAUUAGUGGUUUCUCCUCCCUCCCCCCCCUUAGUAGUCUCUCCUCCUCCCACCCUCCCUUGUGGUCUCUUCUCACCCCCACCAUUAUUGGUCUCUCCUCUCCCCCCACCCUCCCCUAGGAGCUUCUGUUUCCUAUACCCGGCCGGACUGACAAAAAGUGCACACUGAGUGAGGGGGUGAGGAGAAAGGGGGGAGAGAGGCAGUGCUACAGCCGCCUGAGGCUCUCUAUAGAGCGCUCAGGUGGCUGCAUCAUUAGAAGGGCUGGCGAUAAGGGCCCUAGGCGGCUGCGUAGGUCGCCUUAUAGGAAGUUCCGGCCCUGGUGUAAGUGAUAGUGUAGGCAAAAAAUUACAGAUCAAAUACAAUAAGGAUGUGUGUAAAAAUUGUAAAUGAAGAAAAAUAUAAAGAGUUUAUUAAUAUAAAAUAAAAAAUUAUAUAUGCAUUUAUUAAAAAUAUGUUUUACAAAAUCUAGAAUUCUGAAUGGAAAUACAUGUACAAAUAUCAAUUUAACCCUAAAUGUUGCAGAACCAGUGUUUUUAAAUUAUGAAUCCGAAACAUUUCUUGAUAAUAUGUUUUUAUAGCUAAUUCUCCCACACUCCACCGCAUACUAACUUUUACUAUGUUUUUUUUUUUUUUUUUUUUUAAAUAGCUGGAUUUCCUCCAUAAAGUUUUGUAAAAUGAUUAGAGCAUGUUUAUUACAAUAUAUUUGAAGUCAUUGGUCAUCCAAACAGCACUAGCCAAACUGUUACUGAACUUCUCAAUAUAUUAGUAGACUAGGCAGGUGGGUAGUUUAAUUGAGUAGCUGUCCAAUCAGGAAAAUACAAAAUCAGCUAUUAUACAUAUGAUAUUUUGUUCCCUCAUAUUGAAGAAAAAUAUAGGGAAUAGUGAAUACUAGUUUAUUAUACCCAUGAUGUUUGUAACUUAUGCCUUACAGCUGUAGCUGGCAAAACUUUCUCUUUUAUUUAAAAGGUGUGAUUAGGACAUUGCCUUUAAAAUUAUUCUGUGGUCCAAGGUUAACACAUUAAGAUCAAUAUAUUAACAUGGAUAUUUGCAUAUAAAUAUAAUCUAGCACAUGUAUGGUAAACAUUAACAACAAUAUUGUAUUUUUUCACAACCUCUGAGAUAAAUUUUAACAUGGCUAAAACUAGGUUAUUUAUUUUCAAAAGCCUUUCAAGUUUACAAAUAACAGCACAUGUGCAACAGUUUUAUUAAUCAUAAACUUAACCCCUUCAGGACACAUGACAUGCGUGACAUGUCAUGAUUCCCUUUUAUUCCAGAAGUUUGGUCCUUAAGGGGUUAACUGAGGUUUAGGUAACAAUAUCUCAUCUUUAAUUAUUCAACCCCCAUUGAAAAUCUGUGUAGAUCCUCUGGCACUGGAAAACCUGCAGCAUGUAAAAGGCAAGGUGGAUUCAUUUAAAGGGACACUAUAGUCACCUGGACAACUUUAGCUUAAUGAAGCAGUUUUGGUGUAUAGAACAUGCCCCAUGCAGCCUCACUGCUCAAUCCUCUGCCAUUUAGGAGUUAAAUCCCUUUGUUUAUGAACCCUAGUCACACCUCCCUGCAUGUGACUUGCACAGCCUUCCAUAAACACUUCCUGUAAAGAGAGCCCUAUUUAGUCUUUCUUUAUUGCAAGUUCUGUUUAAUUAAGAUUUUCUUAUCCUCUGCUAUGUUAAUAGCUUGCUAGACCCUGCAAGAGCCUCCUGUAUGUGAUUAAAGUUCAAUUUAGAGAUUGAGAUACAAUUAUUUAAGGUAAAUUACAUCUGUUUGAAAGUGAAACCAGUUUUUUUUUUCAUGCAGGCUCUGUCAAUCAUAGCCAGGGGAGGUGUGGCUAGGGCUGCAUACACAGAAACAAAGUGAUUUAACUCCUAAAUGACAGUGAAUUGAGCAGUGAAAUUGCAGCAGAAUGAUAUAUACACUAAAACUGCUUUAUUUAGCUAAAGUAAUUUAGGUGACUAUAGUGUUCCUUUAAGUAUCAGGAAAUGUCAUGCCAUCUGUGAGGAAGCUGAAAUUUGUGAGUCAUUGGAACUUGCAACAAGACAGUGAUCCCAAGUGUACCUCAAAUUCCACCAAGGAUUGAUUGCAGAAGAAGUCCUGGGAAAUUCUAUAGUAACUAUCACAGUCACUUAACUUUAACCCCAUAAAAUAUCUCUGGUGGGAUUUGAAGAAGCAGCACGCAAACCCAAGAACAUUACUGAACUCAUGAGUAAUGUGCUAAGAUUCCUCAGGAACAACACAACCAGAAGCUUGUGUCUGGCUAUGCAUCUCGUUUGCAGCAGGUCAUAACAGCAAAAAUGUGCUCUACUAAUUCCAAAAAUAGUUCCCGUGAAGGGGUUGAAUAAUUUUGACACUGGAAAAGUCAUUAUACGUUGUAUUUUCAGUUGAGUUUGUGAAAACCACAUGAAGCAUUUGUGGUGUUGAGCUGAAAGUCUAUACGUUUUGGAAAUAAACCUGGUUUUUAAUAGGGGUUGAAUAAUUUUCAUUACAACUGUAUUUAAUAUCGUUUACAUCUACAAUUACUCUGCAAAAGCUGUAUAAAACACUUGGGAAAAAAAUAUAUGUACUAAAUCCCAGUAGUGUAGCACACUCUAACACCUGUGUGGUAUCCUAAACCCAGACCAAAUAAUAAAACCAAAUAGUUGGAGCGUGCAAGUUCAAUAUAAUGUAAACAUUUUGAUGCACUGGACCAAGACCAACAUAUUCGAUUAUUGGUUACUGAAAUACAAAAGUAACCAUAUCCUCGUGCAAUACAGUAGUUUUAAGUGGGAAAUAAUAAGUAGAUCUUCUAUCAAUGUACCCACAAGUAAAGAGCCAAUAAGAUUAGAUUAUUAUUUGCAGGCGUGUUGGGAUAUUGACAGGGAUCCCAUCCCCUUCUCUGUAUGUUGGUGGUUUUUCCUUCACCUCCCUGUAUAGAUCUACCGGAUGCCAGUUAUGGUUAUAUAAAACACCACUGCUGAAUUAUUGGUCUUAUACUCUCCGUAGUAUAUGAUUCCAGAGUGUUGCUAGGAUCAAAUAAUCUAGGGCUACAGUCUACAGGAGAAAUAAACAGAACUGUAAUGACAUCUGCCUGUGUGUGCUAACACUUUAAAAUAUAUAAUAUUGCCUGCCCAUAAAAUUCCAUCCCUGGCAGUACAGACACACUGAGCAGGUUACAUUCUGGAUAGCUAAUGGUGAAAGAUGGCUUUAUGGAGACAUAAAGCCAUCUUUCACCAUUAGCUGUCCAGAAUGUAACCUGCUCGUGCUAUGAAGGUCAGCCUUGUUCGUUUGCAGGAGCUGUGCUUUUAUUGUGCCCGGAGCACGGCAAAUAUAUUAAAGACAACGACAUACAUACAUGACUACAUGCUGCUGGAUAACCUCUAUAGGGUCAUGGGAUGUACCUUAUAGCUAACUGUGCACAAAAAGUCUUUCUUCACCUAUGUACAGUGCUCUGAGCCUUGUUCCAUACUCCCAGGGCUUAUAGUAGAAGCAUAUUGUUUCUUUUUUAAAUAGAUCUUAAGAGUGCAAAUGUGAUGAUACAGAACAAUAUAAAACAUUUGAUCAGCUUUAAAAUAUAUGGUUUGCGAAUUUCAUUUAUUUGUGGUUUCUUGUUAGAUUUGAGGAGGUUUAGGCCACAUUGUGUUUCAUUAGGCCAUGUGAGUUGUGAGCAUUAGAUCAUGGGAUCUCCAGACAUGUGGGCUUUAUGGAUGAUGCUGUGUUGGGUGCCAUCUGUAGAUAAGGGAUUCCAAUAAACUAAGGAGGAUGAUAACUGGAAGAAUUGUAUGAUAAGACAUGUUGCAACCAUAUUGACGUGUUGCUUUUGUUUACAGAAACCCCAGUAUGAAUGAGAUCACUGGGGUGACUUUGUUCUGUUUACUAUUGCGAUUUUGUUUGUAGAGCGUUGACACUGUAAAGGUUUGCUUAUUCAUUUUUUCUGCCUAGUGUAUCGUUAUACAAUCCAUUGGAUUUUAUCUAUAAUUGAAUAAAAAAUAAAUCACAUAAAACAAUUAAUGUGGAAAUUAAUUUUAUAUAAACACUUAGGGAAACCAAUUUUAUUUCUAUAUAUUGUAUAUAGUUUUCAAGUUGACAUAGGUUUUUGUUCCAAAAUGGCACCAUAUAUAUUUUAAUAUUAAAUAAAGACCAUUGCAGAGUUUAUUAACUCUGCAUUAGGAGUGGGGAAUGUUGCACCAAGGAACAAACAUGUUUGAUUUUAGUUUUUUUUCUUAAGUAUUAUAUGGUUUAAUUGUGCAUUAUGGUAAAUUUACACCUAACUAUGCUAAACUGAUUAACACAACCAAGUGGGGAUUGUACUCUUUAAAUUCUUUAAGAUCCUUCAUUUAGUAAAUUAGGGACCAAUGAUGGAAUUAUUUAAUCAUGGCAGUCCAUGCCAAGAGAACCCAUGACAGAAUAAUCCCAUUAUAUACUAGGAUUAACUCCAGAUCGACACGAUUGCAUAACAGAGACACUUAUUAAUAGGGUAGGUGGAAGCACUGUAACAUGGCUGUGUAAUGCAAAUGCAAACAUACAAAAUGAAGCCCUGCGCUAUCCUUAUCCCAAAUCCCUAUGUAUGUGUGUAAAUAUAUAUAUAUAUAGACAUGUAUAGAUAUAGUGGCACUCACCCUUUCAUGUGGUAUGUAGAAAAAUAUGCCCUGGUGCAAUCCCACGCUGGGUAUAGACAAUGAAUAAAGAAGAGAUACACUCUGUGGUCAUGGGCGUCCGCAGGGGGGGGGCAAGGGGGGGCACUUGCCCCCCCCUGGAUUUUUCAGCUUGUUCUGCUAUUUUUCGUGUGAGAUUUAAAAUGAACUGCAAUACCGGUGCCGGCCAGUAGGUGGCGCUGUGUAUGGAGAGAGACAGGGAUAGGAAGCUGCAUCUUAUCCCUGCUUCUCUCUGCUGAUUGAAACCGCAGGGGAGCAACACAUGCAGCCAGAGACAGCCUACAGAUCAGGUAAGUGAGGGAUGGGGUUGGGGGAUUGAGAUAGCCUAUAGACUUGGGGGGGGCAGCAGCAGCCUAUAGACUUGGGGGGGCAGCAGCCCAUAGAUUUGGGGAGGGGGGCAGCAGCCUAUAGAUUUGGGGCGGGGCAGCAGCCCAUAGAUUUGGGGGGGGCAACAGCCCAUAGAUUUUGUGGGGGCAGCCUAUAGAUUAGGGAAGUGAGCAGAUUAGUGAGCCUAUUGCAUUAGGGUGUGCACCCUAAAUCACAAACACACGCCAUGUGUAUAUGUAUGUAUGUGUGUGUGUGUAUAUAUAUAUAUAUAUAUAUAUAUAUAUAUACACACUGCUGUGUGUGUGUGUGAGGGUGCUGGUAGUGUGCUAUGUGGGUGACGGUGUUUUUGUGUGUGUUUGUGAGAGUGCUGUUAGUGUGCUGUGUGUGAGGGUGCUGUUUGUGUGUUGUGUGUUAGGGAACUGGUAGUGUGCUGUGUGUGUAUGUGUGAGAGGGUGUUUGUGUGUGCGUGUUUGUGCGGGUCCUGUUAGUGUGCUGUGUGUGGGUGUUGUGUGUUUGUCAGGGUGCUGUUUGUUUGUGGGUGCUGUGCGGGUGCUGUGUGUGGGUUUUGUGUGUUUGUGAGGAUGCUGUUAGCGUGUUGGGUGUGUGGGUGUUGUAUGUGUGUGGGUGCUGUGUGUGCGAGGGUGAUGUAUGUGUGUAGCUGCUGUGUGUGUGUGUGCUGUAUGUUUGGGUGGAAGUGGGGGCAGAUUAGUUAAUAUCCCAGUCCUGCUGCCUUCCCUGGUGGUUCAGUGGAGAGUGAACUCUAGCCCGGGUUCUCUGCUGCCUCCCUCCAUGCUGCUGUGGACCGGUGAGGUAGAACUUUGAUCUCCCCACCAGCCCAUGGAGGCUUAGACCAGAGCCGCCGCUCGGAUAGCGUCGGCUCUGCAUGAGCCGACCCGGGAGAUCCAGAGAUCUCCCCUGCCGGUCUCAAUCCAUUGGCGUGCCGCAGGAAUUAGGGUGUGCCUAGGCACACCCAACACACCCCGUGCGCACGCCUAUGGAAGUGAGGGAUGGGGAGACAGCCUACAUGAAGAGUCAGCAAGGAGCAGGAAGGUAAAGUGAGAAAAGCAGAAGGAACAGAAAUGAGCAGGAAGGGACAUCAAGGAGCAAAAAGGGGCAGCAAGGAGCUGGAAGAGACAGCAAGGAGCACAAAAGGUAAAGUAGGAGAAGGAGCACAAAGGAACAGAAAUGAACAGGAAGGGUCAGCAAGGAGCUGGAAGGUAAAGCAGCACAAAGGUAAAGUAGAAGGAGCACAAAGGGGCAGAAAUAAGCUGGAAGGGGCAGAAGGAGCACAAACAUAAAGUAGGAGAAUGAGCAGGAAGGGCCUGCAAAGAGCAGUAAGGAGCACAAAGGUAAAGGAGCAGAAAGAAUCAGAAGGAGCACAAAGGUAAAGUAGGAGAAAGAGCAGAAAGGGACAGCAAGGAGCACAAAGUUAAAGUAGAAAUGGGAGCAGAAAGGGUCUGCAAGGAGCAGAAAGGGAUCAGAAUGAGAAAGGAGCAGAAGGGCGCAAAAUAAGCAGAAAGUAGCAGAAAGGUAAAAGAGCAGAAGGGGCCAAGGAUAGAAAACAGUGUCAGAAGAAAAAAAAAGACUGUCAAAUGAAGGAGAGGAAAAGGAGAUUGGAGCAGGAAGGACAAAUGAAGUGAACCCUCCACUUUAUUCUGGACACCACAUCAUAAGGCUUUGGUACCUGGGCCAGGCAGGGAAACACUGGACCUUCUCAUCUCCAAAGGUAAAAAAAUAUUGGUGUUAAUGUGUUCACUUUUAUUUACUGAGUGUCAGGAAGCACAGAGUGCCGUUGGGUAGGGGUGUUGCUGAUUGGCUAGAGCGGUCAGCUGGCACUCUAAGCCAAUCAGUAGCUCCCCAUUCAUAAAAAAAGUUAAAAUAUUUUAUGAACCGGGAACUAGCGAUUGGCUUAGAGCGUCAACUGUCCACUCUAGCCAAUCAGCGGCACCCAUGCCUGACGUCAGUCUGCACUUCCUGACACUCUGUUUCAGAAGCCAAAUACCACUGAGCGACCUGGAGCUGGAGGAAGCCUUUGAGUUUAAACCAUUUGAGAGCGAUUUAACCCCUUAAAGGAAAGCGAGCACCCAGGGGCUUCCUGGCAUCAUAGCAUUUUCAUUUAGGUGAAGUUGUUAUGGUGACCAGAAUGGUCCUUUAAUUUACUUAAAGGAAAACUAUAGUGUCAAGAAUACAAACAUAUAUUCCUGACACCAUAGUUGUGAAAAUGCUAUUCACCCUGGCUUUAUGUGAUAAUGGCUGUGCCCCUUCCCUUUCAUGACACUGUCAAAAAGGUACCAAGCAUGGAUGUCAUUACAAUUAUGCCCCCCCCUGGAAAAAUUCCUGCGGACGCCCAUGUCUGUGGUCUUUAGAAAUAAUUACUGGUAUCUAAUGUCCAACAUAAUUAAAUGUCCGAUCGACGUUUCGAUCUCUUCAGGUCUUCCUCAAGAUCUACACCCUCAUUGAAUUCCAUGGUUUUACAUAUCAGAACACAAUAGCAAUCAUAUCUUCCUUAGCUAAUCUUAAAAUUAGGUAAAUACAGCCUCAUGAACAACAACAUAUGACAUAUGUAUUUAACCAAAAUAAAGCCAAAACGGAGAAGCCAUGUAUGAAAAACUAAGUACACCUUAUGAUUUAAUAGCUUGUAGAACCACCUUUAGCAGCAAUAAUCUGAAGUAAUCGUUUUCUGUAGGACUUUGUCAGUCGCUCAUACACAAAUGGUGUGGUGUUUGAGUUUGUGACCUGUAAAUACCAAAAUAAAGUGAAAUCCUAGACAUAUUAUGUACUUACUGUGUAUCAGGACAAAUACAUUAUUUUAUCUGAAUUACUUUUAGUAAGCUGCACUAAUUAUGCACACAUUAUUAUUGCAAAACUCGGGAAAAUAAUGUUUACAUUUUGCAGUUCCCGUUUCUACUAGCGCCUGUCUGGCAGACUUUUCAUACAAAUAGAUUCAGUUUUUGAAUCUAUUGGACUGUAAUGUCAUUAUGUAAACGCAGGAUAUUGUGUACAUUUAGUGCUUCUCUACAAGACGUAUUGGAUUAGUGGAUAGCGAUAAUUGCCACACGUGUUGUGCUUACGGAAUGCUUCUCUAUGAGAAGCAUCUGAUUGGACAAAAGUCAUCAGAAUCAAUAACUUCACUGGAAAAGGAUAGAGUCCUUUUCCAGCUGUAUGGAGUUUGCCUUGGUGCUGGAUUACAUAUAGGUUUAAAGGGACACUUAAGUCACGCACUCAUUGAGAUUAAGUGGUCUUGGUGCAGUGACCCAGUCAUUUUAACAUUGCAAUGUAAAAUGCCGAGGGUGGGGGAAGGAUUGCAUUUUACUAGGGACAGGGGCACUAAAACAUUAAAAAUACAGGUUUGUAUUGUUAAUGCGAGAGUGUUCCUUUAAGCGCUUUCUAAAUCAUAUUUUAGAUAACCAAGAGGAACACAGUACUCUAAAAUAAAGAAAGGAACACAUCUAAUUUUUUUUUUAAAUAUUUUUUUCUAUUUAAUUAAGCUGUUUCUUUGGCAUUGUAAUAAUAACUUUGUUGCACUUACACUAUAUUUAAGGACGAUUCUAAAAAAUGAAGUUAUACCUUAAUACACGCUCUGUCGAUGUCAACACUAGUUGCAAAUCAAGUUAAAGAAUUGUCAGGCAAUCAGGAAGAAGAUAUUUGCAUAAUGUACAAAUGGGACUUAUGCUUUCUCAAACAGUAAACGGUUUAAGCAUUUAUUAUGAUAGUUUGAGAUAUUUUGCGUUCAAUUGGCUUCAUACUUGAGUGGUUAUAGGGCUUUGUAUUCCAUAAACAAUGCCAUAAAACUUUGGAGGAUUUAGUAAAUGAAAUCUGUUGCUAAGGCAGUGACUUCCAUACUGUAAAAACAGGAUUAAACUUUAAGCCAUGACCUCAUCAAUCUCAUUGUGUAAUGAAAAUAGGCAUCCAUAAUACGUGGAUUUACAUUUUAAUUUAAAAUAUUAAUUAUUGUGAAUAUAGAUUCAUAGUUUGUGAAUUCUUAUCUUCUAGCAAGUAGUGCAUUACAUUAUGCCACUUAGGAUGUGAUAAUGACUAGCAACCAGUGAUUGUUUUUGGAAUCUUUUUCAAUCCAAACAUUAUCUCCUAUCACAAGGAAUAGAAGUAAAUAGACUCAUUACUUGCUAUCAGAUUUCACGUGAUACAUUAAUCACAUUUACAAUCAACACAUUCCUAAAAUGGACUCUUAUAGACACCCACCCACACCAAUGUAUAUGUCAAAAAAACACAUUAACCCCUUAAGGACCAAACUUCUGGAAUAAAAGGGAAUCAUGACAUGUCACACAUGUCAUGGGUCCUUAAGGGGUUAAAAGCACUAGCAGGUGAAAUGAAUAAAAUUGAUGAUUAUUAUUAUUAUUAUGCAGCAAUUGAACAAUCAGCUCUUUAAUUUUGUGUGUUGGAAGCAGGAACUAUGAGAUAACAAGAAGAUCUGAAUGACUUUGACAAGGGCUAAAUAGUUCUGGGUGGGCAUCUGGCUCAUAGAAUCUUCAAAACUGCAAAUUGUGUGAGGUUUCCCUAGUAUGAAGUCAUUUUAACCUACCAAACAUGGUGCAAAGGAAAGACAACCGGUGAUCUGGCAUCAGGGUCAUGGGCACCCAAGGCUCAUAGAUGCACAUGGAAAGCAAAGGCUAGCCCGUCUGGUCCCAUCACACAGAAGAGCUACUGUACCUCAAAUUGCUGAAAAACCGAAUGUUGGCCAUGAUAGAAAGGUGUCACAAAACAUAGUGCAUCACAGUUUGCUGCGUAGCCGCAAACCGAGCAGAGUGCCCAUGAUGACCCCUGUCCACUGUCAAAAGCAUUAUUUAUACAUUUAGGGUGUCAAAAAAAAAUAUAUAUAUAUAUUUGUGACCAAAUGGCUACUAAAAAAGACUGGACAUACCCCAUUUGCAAUACCUUGGGUUGUCUACUAUUGCAAAUGGUAUGCCAUUAUGGGUGUAAAUUUAAUUCCUGGCUACUAUAAAGUCCCAAAGGCAACGUAACCAAUCUGGUGAAUUUCAAUUUCAAAUGUAACAUGCUAUAUUUGACCCUGUAACUUUCCAAAACGCCAUAAAACCUGUACAUAGGGGGUACUGUUUUACACGUGAGACUUUGCUGAAUACAAAUAUGUGUAUUUUAUUGCAGUAAAAGCAAACAGUAUUAUGACAUUGACAGUUAAAAUGUCAUGUAGAACUAAAAUAAAUUUAAAAAUUCAUAUUUUCUCCCAUUUUUUCAUAUUAAAUUAUGUUUCAUAGCUAAAUAUUUGAUAUUAAAUGAAAGCCCUGUUUCCCCUGAAUAAAAUGAUAUAUAAUAAGGGUGGGUGCAUUUAAUAUGAAAGAGGUGAAUUACGGUUGGACAGACAUGUAGCGCAAAUGCCAGGUUUUGUUUACAUUUUGUUUCGUUCACAACGUGUACAUAUGGCUCAGUCCUUAAGGGGUUAACUUGUAUUAACAUUUUCCAUGUAAUGCUCCUUUUUGUUUACAAUGUAUAACAAAGAUUUAGCAAAGUACAUCACAGUCAAAGUUCAGUUGUUAUACAGCCAGGAAACACAUGAAAUCAGUGAGGAGAAACAGAAACUAAGGGGGAGAAUUAGCAAAGUAUGGUAUUCUGUUCUAAAUACAGAAAUAUGUUCUGUCUAGUUAAAAAAUAGGCACAGUGUAGGGCGCCACUUUCACAAAUGUGUGAUUACAAUUACCACUCAGAUGGUAGAGGAUAACAUGAAAAGAGAUAAAAUAAGAUAACAUAGUGUAGCAUUUAAUGAUAACAAGGUUAAAAAGAAAAACUAUUAAAAAUACACUCACAAAAUAGGUGACACAAUAAGAAACAUUCCUUAAUGUGUAAAUAAGCAUUUCAGCCACAAAAGGACUUAGCCCCCAUGAAGUGUGCAGCUGCCAAUUGUACCUCAGGAUACCAGUAGUUCUGAGUAGUCUAUGAAGAGAAUGAUAGAUAUUGGAUAUAGUCCAGUGACAACCCUGUGCCCUUAGUCGCUUUGGUUGUCUCCAAGCUAAGGGACAAUUACCUCAUGGAUAAGAUAACAGCCCAGGUCUGGAGCACCAGCACCGCAUUUCAAAAGGUAUGGGACCUUUGGGAGCAAAAAGACACAUAUCCCCCACAUAACUCCAUUAUCUUUCUUUUGUCUUAUGUUCCUGUGGUUACAUUGCUUUUUGGUGCUAAAAUACCACUCCAAGCAUAUAAUUAAUGUUUCUGUAAGAUUAAAAAUAAAUAAAAAGUAGACCAGUGAAAUCUGGUCAUCAACAAUGGUACGAGAACAGGGACCCAACCACUAAACCUUAUGCAUCUAAAAACCAUCCUCAGACGUCACAUAUAUAUCACAUUGUAAUAAAUGCAAACGAACACUGUGGAUUAUCCUAUCAAUACCUGUACUCUGAUGACUACAAAAUGUGUAUUAUGUUAAGUUUUAAGGUUAUUUCCUAUUUUACAGAUUUUUUGUUUGUGUAAAAACCUUUACAGAAGAAUCAAUGCAGCUCUAUGAGGAAAGUUAAGUGUCUCCAUGCAGUGUGCAGAACUACCCCCUGAAGCACCUCUAGUAGCCAUCUGAUGAGUGGCCAGUGGCGUUAUCACUAGGCUGUAAUGUAAACACAGUGUUUACAGCAAAAAGCCUGAAGGGAAUGAUUCUACUCAUAUAUAUAUAAUCAUUACACUCAGCAGAGCAAAUACAAUAUAUAGGGUCCCUUUAAUUCAAGCGGUUAAACAAAAAUAUCAUAUGAAACGUUUAGGAAUUGUAACCAUUUUCAUACACAGUCCCCUUAUUUCAGGGGCUCAAAUGUAACUGGAGAAAUUAACACAAUCAUAAAUAAAAUGUUAAAGGGAAACUCCAGUGCCAGGAAAACAAUCCGUUUCCCUGGCACUGCAGGUUCCCUCUCCCUCCCACCCCCCAAUACCCGGUUGCUGAAGGGGUGAAAACCCCUUCAGUUACUUACCAGAGGCAGCAACAUGUCCCACGUUGCUGCUUCUUCCUCCGCCACCGCUCCUCCCAGUGAUUGCGUUGGCCGGUGGGCGAGACUGAUCCCGCCCACUGGCCGUGGAGACCUAAUGUGCAUGUGCGGCAAUGCCACGCAUGCGCUUUAGAGCUCCCCAUAGGAAAGCAUUGAAAAUGGUUUUCAAUGCUUUCCUAUGGGGAAAUGAGCAACGCUGGAGGUCCUCACACAGCGUGAGGACAUCCAGCGACACUCUAGCACAGGUUUUCUGUGCUGUGGACAAGGAAGUGCCCUCUAGUGGCUGUCUAGUAGACAGACACUAGAGGUGGAGUUAACCCUGCAAUGUAAUUAUUGCAGUUUAUAAAAAACUGCAAAAAUUACACUUGCAGGGUCAAGAGUAGUGGGAGAUGGCACCCAGACCACUCCAAUGGGCAGAAGUGGUCUGGGUGCCUGGAGUGUCCCUUUAAUUUUUAUACUUUGUGGAGAGUGCUUGAAGUCUGGAACACAUUGACAUCACCAAACGCUAGGUUUCCUCCUUUGUGAUGGUUUGCCAGGCCUUUACUUAAGCUGUCUUCAGUUGUUGUUUGUUUGUGGGUCUUUUUACCUUUUGUUUUGUCUUCAGCAAGUAAAAUACUUGCUUGAUAGGCUUGGGGUCAAGUAAUUGACUCGGCCAUUACAGAAUAUUCAACUUCUUUGCCUUAAAAAACUCAUGGUUUGCUUUCGCAGUAUGUUAUUGGUCAUUAUCCAUCUGUAAAUUGAAGCUCUGUCCAAUCAACUUCGCUGAAUUUGGUUAAAUCUGAGCAGACAAUAUAUUCCUAUACACUUCGGAAUUAAUCCAACUGCUUCUGUCUUCUGUCACAUUAUUAAUAAACACUAAACACUAUUGACGCAGUGCUGUUGGAAGCCAUGCAGUCGUAAGGAUGGGCUGUUUCCCUUACAGCUUACAUUGAGAGCUCAUUUGACCACAUGUUUUGGGUUCACAGCAACAGCUUCCAAAUGUGAAUGCUACACCUGGAUUUAACUCCAGACCAUUUACCUGAUUAAUUGAUGAAAAGAUAAUGAAGACAAAGCCCACACCCAUCCAUGAAACAGCUUUUGAGUCAGUUGUAAAAUUACUUUUGGUUCCUUGAAAAGGAGGGGACUACAUAUUAAAGCCGUAAUCCCUAAACCCUUCCUCCAAUUUGGAUGCAAAUACCCUCAAAUUGAAGCUGAGAGGCUGCACUUUCAGCCCACAUUCAUUAUUUAACUGUAACUUGAAUUUAUUUUGGUAAACAGACAAAAUCACAAAACGUGUGUCAGUGCCCACAUAUUUCCCGACCUAACAGUAUAUUUAACCCUGCGAAAAGCAACAUGGUGCAAGAUUAGCAGCACAGAGUUGAUAGGUUAUUUCAUUUAGAUUUUUUGGUACUGCAGUAACACUUCCUCUAUCUCUAUGUGAUCUGUUCUAAGGGUGGUCUAAAAUACUAAGCCAGUGGAACCAGCAGGCACGUUCCAAUGGUGACACCUCCCUUUUUACACCACGUUUCAGAACAGAACGCUGAUAAUUCUUUAAAAAAAAAUCUGUUUCUUCACUCCAUGUAAUAUGAUCAGUUACAGAAAAGGGCAAAGCUUGUAACAAUGAUUGAUAGAGAGCCAUGAUGAAUGCAUUGAAUUGCAGAAUAAUUCCAGGAGCUAAUACAGUAGUGUAGAUUUCUAUAUUUCGUUUUGGUUCUCAGAUCUCACAAGCUUUUAUUUAUUAAAGGAUAAUCAAAUAUAGUAUUAAAAAUCAUGGAAAGUUCCACUUUGUCUAACUUGAUAAAUAUUACCUAUGUUAAGUGUUCUCUUGCACAGUAUUUACAAUCUAAGCCAGCCCAGUCAUUUAUAGCCCUCUACUGAUAUCCUUGAUGUACCACCCAUGGCAGGCAGGAGUAUAUAUCCCAGAAUUACCAAGUGUCUUGAUCAUACUUCUAAUAUAAUUAUUACAUUGGGGACCAGCUUACUUCGUAUAUAUAUAUACCACAUACCCGCAAACAUUAGAAUUGGACAAAGAGUUAGUGUUGUUAGUGGGGCUGUGGCCGGGGGAAUUUUAGAUGACUUACUAAUAACAAUUUAUGCAACUAAAAUGUAAUUUAAAACAAGAAUAUCUUGUUAUCUUGUAGUCUAAAGACACAUUACUGGGAGUAUUAUUGUUGUGGAGCUGUGGCAUACACUACAACACACCAAUGUGUGGCGCUCCUAGAAAAUAGGGACAUUGGGAUAGAAAAAAGGUAGAGGCGCUAACUGAAUUUUCACAGAAUUAAACAAUGUUGGACGUCCACACAUUAUGAGAGGACGUCCAACAUCUUCAAAAUCCCCAUAAGAAAGCAUUGAUCAAUGUCACUGGAGGAGGAGAUGGAACCAGUGCAGUGAAAGUGGGUAAGUGAAAGAAAGGGCUUUAAACCCUUUCAACACAAGAGGAAUGAUAUGGAGGCAGAGGGACACCAUAGUGUUAGGAAUACAAACAACAAGGGACAACCAUACUCUGUAUACUCUUUGUUUGAUGCCAUGAUGCAUAUAUAUAUAUAAUGUUUUUUUAUCUUAAAUUUGUUACUAUACUGUUGUACUAUCUAAUCCAUCCAUGUUGCUGAAUUGAUGUCUAAACUCAUUAUAUUGUAUUAUUUCACUCCAAAAAAAAAAUCAACAAGAAAGAAAACCAAAAUUGACACAACCAUAUGAUAUCUAACAAAUAUAUAUCUCUAAAAUAAAUCAGUACAUCAGAUCAUCAGUUUCUGCCACUGAGUGUGUCUCGUUAAGAUCAAUGGCGUUAACAAUCUGCAUUAGAGCUACUGCUGUCCAUGAUAGUCUUUUGGAAAUUAACACAUUUAGCGUUAUAAAUAGAUAAAUUAAUUCAUUAACAGAUUAUUUGCAAAAUAUUGUAUAAAACUGAAAGUAAUGGUGACUACUCAUUACUUUGCAAGGACUAAUUCAAGUGACUAGCAUAACCUUGCAAGGAAUACAGCUAGAACAGAGUAAUAAUGUUCAUAAUAGGAUUAUAAAUGUCAUGUUUUUCAUUAAAGCAACACCAGCUUAAAAAGGUUUCUUUACAAAGAGAAAAGCUUCAUCUCUUCCACCCAUAAUUAAUAGAUGGUUUGCUAACUACAUCCCAAAGGUUGAAGGUCACAGUUUAAUUCCAUAGAAUAAAUAAUAAAUGAUUCUACAGAGUACUGAGGUUUAUUGCAGGCAAUAUAUGUUGAGGUUUUAGAACUCCGAGUUUUGUCUCUCUUGCUUUCAGUCAUGCAUAUUCAUUCUUUGUGUAUUUUGCACAUUCUUUAGCUUUAUCCAUCCUCCCUCAGCUACUGCUUACAGCUGCAGCGGUCAUACUGUGAUAAAAGCAUGCAUGUCAAAAUGAUCACCGUAUUUUUUUAAAUGUAUAUAGAUUGCUGAUGUAGGAUGUUAUUAUAUGUAAAUUGGACAGAUUAAGGAACCGCGCACACAUAAAAAUUGUUUUCAAUUUUAUAAGGCUUCUUAAAAUCUCAGCAAACCAAUAUGUAGAUUCAGUUCCACCAUAUAGUUAUAUUGUGCUUAACCCACAAAUACGUCACAGUACUCCAGUAUCGGUGGGUCCUACACUAAUUCCAACAUCGGAGACAAAUUAAAUAAGCUAAAGCGUGUUUUCAUAAUUUGUUGUAAGGGCAUUGUAAAUAUAUAUUAUGUAAAAUUAAUGUGGUAAAAAAUGCAAUACAAAAGAAUGCAGUAUCAACACUAAAAAUUACAUUUAUUUGAUACAUAUACUCUCAUUACAUAUCAUAAAUCUGAUCUAAUAACUAUCCUCAAAUGUAUACUUUCCUGUGGUCACCUCUAAAGGGGCAUCUGAAGUUGGAGGUGAGGUGCUCAACCCAAAAGGAGUCUGGCCUGGACUCUAAACUCACAUAGUAAAGACAGAAAGGGAAUUAAGGUCACACCCGGAAUAUGCAUUUCUCAGGAAUGGUGCAGCUGUAGAGCCCAAAAUAAAUACAAAAUAUAGAUUAAAGAACAGCGCACACACAAAAAUACAAUUACAUUUUACAAGCCUAUGAAUUUUGGUCUCUAUGGCAGCACCAUUGUUGAGAUAUGCAUGUUCCAGGUGUGCCCCCAAUUCCUUUUUUUUCUAUUACCCAUAUUUAGAUCAUUUACAAUAAAAUAUAUACGUAUAUAUAUUAAAAUAUUCCACCAGAGAUAUAUUAAUGUACACCUGCUGCAGCUAAAUAGAAAAAAAAAAAAUUAAUUAUUAUCUAGUUAUUUUGUUUCAAAUUAUGUAUAAAAAGGCACAAAUGCACUAUUUUAAAAUUAGUUUACUGGGCUACAGGUGACCAUCUUUUAUCACACUUUGAAUAUCACACUUUGAAGAAUAAUUCCUUACAACUGCAAUGUUAGAAAAGUUGUGAAUAUGACAAUGAAAAGUCAUAACAUUUUCAUUAUUUUGUUAUUGUGUAAAAUAUAUGCGUCCAACACAUACCGGGUUAUUUACUUAAGUGAGAAUUGCUGGGAAUUCAAAUUAACUUUCAUAUUUAAGGCCAGAAUAGCCAAACUGACAUUUCUAAUGCAGCUAUUUUGGUCAAAAUUUUAAAACUCACUUGGACUUCACUUUGAAUUUCUGGCAAUCAUCUCCUUAGCAAAUAGCCUGGUAAGGUCAUGUUUAGUGUUAGACAUUGCCCUCGGAAGAACAAAUUCCACAAAGACGAUAAUGGUGGCAAUACACAAAUAGAGAGAUUACAGUGAAAUCAGAGGUAAUGUAAAUAUAAAUGGAUAGAAAUAUUCUAGGGUAACACAAGGGUUAGAGGUAUGGUUAAAGGACCACUAUAGUGCCAGGAAAACAAACUCGUUUUCCUGGUACUAUAGUGCCCUGAGGGUGCCCCCACCCUCAGGGUCCCACUCCUGCUGCACUAAAGGGGAAGGAAGGGGGUUAAUCCCUUACCUUUUUUCCAGCGCCAGGCUCCCUAGGCGCUGGGACUCUCCUCCCUCUUCUGAUGUCAUCGGCUAAAUGCGCAUGCGUGGCAAGAGCGGCGCGCGCAUUCAGCCAGUCCAUAGGAAAGCAUUCUCAAUGCUUUCCUACGGACGCUGGCGUCUUCUCACUGUGAAAAUCACAGUGAGAAGCGCGGAUCGCCUCUAGCAGCUGUCAAUGAGACAGCCACUAGAGGCUGAAUUAACCCAUAGGUAAACUUAGCAGUUUCUCUGAAACUGCUAUGUUUACAGCAGAAAGGGUUAAUCCUAGAUGGACCUGGCACCCAGACCACUUCAUUGAGCUGAAGUGGUCUGGGUGCCUAUAGUGGUCCUUUAAAGUAAAGUGAAGUCAGACAUUUUUAGUAUACAUUGGAUAUAUGACUUGUAACUGAGUAAUGCUGCUUAUCGCUCUUGUCAUUGCAUACCUCCCAAGUGCCCCUAAUUAGGAGGGACAGUCACUAUUUUGGGCACCAAUUCCUCUGCCCUCCUUUUUUAUCCUAAUGUCCUUCUUUAGGAGCUGCAUAUUGUUAGUGUGUCUGAGAGUAUAACAGAGCUCCACAGCAAUAAUACUCACAGUAGUGUGUCUUUAAACUACCAUAAAUGUGUUUCGAAAUGACUCUAUGUAAAUAUGAUACAUUGUUUUUGUUGUAAAUUACAUUUUAGUUGCGUAAGUUAUUAGUAAGCCACCCACAAUUUCUCAGAACGGUCCCACCCCUAGACACCCCCAACUCCUAAAAUUAAACUGUCUCUCAUUGUCCAUGUGAAAAACUGAAAGGGACUGCUGGGUCUAUUUUCAGCAUCCAUUUGCUACAUUUAUUAAUAUAUAAACUCUAGAACAGUUGAUAAAUCAAAACAAAGAUUACCAUGGCCAUGGUUUUGCAAUACGUAUACUGAGCAAUAACCAUUUGCACUUCUAUCUUUAUCUACUAACUGAUGUUAUUAUAGAGAUAAGUUAAUAUCUUGUAUUUUUAUGGUUCUGAUAAGCUUAUCAUGAUUCAGCCAUAUUAAAUCUGCAGGUUGCUUUUGCAACCUGCUAAGUUGUUAAUUUCCAUGCAUAUGUAGUCUUAAUGGUAAUUACAUAGCAUGGCGUUUGGUACGUUUUAGCAGUCCAUCCCAGCUGGGUGUGUUCUCUUACACGGUUUUGGUGAUUUGGUAUUUUCUGCAUUUUGCACACCUCAAGGUCAUUGCCAUUGAAUUAUUGUAAAUAUUAAUUAUGUUUAUUACAAUAGUGUGUGUCAUGGGUGACUACAAAUACAACGUUCUUGAUACCAGGUACUUUGGUGAAGCCAGUAGUUAGUUUAUUGUACAGUAACUUUACAACAGGCCUACAGGCAGAUGGAAAGGGCUGAGAAUGCUUUGUUAUAUAACUACACACCUACCAAGUGUCCCUAUAUAGGAAGGACAGUCCCUAUUUUGGGCUCAAGUAUCUCUGUUCCUUUUUUCCAUCCAUUGUCCCUUUUUCCUAGGAGCUCCAUAUUGUUGAUGUGUCUGAGUGUAUAACAGUGAUGCCCUAGAACAAAUUUAAAGAGCAACACAAAGGAGUAUAGCAACACAAUGAACCUUCCUUUGUGUGCAGCAAGGUCAGGGUUAAUAGACCAAAAUGGGUUUAUGGCUGGGCUAUCAGAAAACAUUAUUAGAUUUAAUCUUUCUGCUCCUCCAGUAAAUAAACAUCUUAGUAUGGAAAAUUUUAACGGAGCCUAAAAUAGAGACAUAAUAAUAUUAUAUUCGUUGACAAUUAUUUUAGAGUGGUUCUUUGAAUAGCCUUGAUAGAAUAAAUGGCAACAGAACCAAUAACAACUCGUGGUAAAAAAGCAACAUGGAAAUUAACCUGUACUAUACAGUUUAUAUAGGUUCUUAAAUCAUGCUUAAUGUGACCAUUCAUUAUGGCUUGUGUGGCUUGAUAUUACUGAUUGGUCUCUUCCUUCUAUUACUCCUAUAAUACAGUCAUAGGAAACAACCUGAUUUACUAAACAAAUAGGACGUUCUAUCAUUUUGGUUUGAGAAAUUCCAAUCUUCUAUUUAGAUUAAUACAUCUUCUUUUCUUUAAUAUAAUGCAUCCUGUUAAAAAAUGAUGUCAAAUGAUAUUGCAUAUAUUUUAUCACAGUUUAUCGGUAAAUAACCUGAAGAAUGUUAUCUGAACCGCAUGAUCAACUGGACAAAAUAAGCGAGCUGUAAACACUGUUGCGUUCCAAAGGGCACAGAGAUAUAUGUUUAUGAACAUAUGUCUGUUGUAAAAUACUGUUCUCUGAGUUUAUUUAUUACAGCGCACAUUUGCAGUUGCCAUUUUGGCCAGUAUUUAUAAAAUUUUCUAUAAACUUAAAGCAAACUGGAACUCCAGUUAAACUGAAUUAGCUCAGAACUAAAAGUGGCUUUGUCACCCCAAACUUACCUUCCUCCAAGUGUUUCCUCUUGCUCUUUCAGAAUCGGUUCUUUUUCUCUGAUCUAUUUCUCUUUAAAAAAUGGCCUACUUUGUCUUAUGUAUGUCUCCUACUCUUGACAAAUCUUGCUAGCAGGGUGGUGCUUAAGGAAGCUCUACUUCUUUUGUCAAGAAUAAUUUUCCCACAAUGCUCACCUUUAUAAUUAGACAAUUCUCUUUAGUUUUGCGAGCUUCCCUCUCUUCAUUCCCAUGAUAUGUGUCACUGCCAGUAAAUUAAAGACGUCUUUAGAAUGGAUCAGGUGCUGCAAACAAUCAUUAAGAUAAAGUAGAAUUAGGCUGACAAUCUUAUUAAUAAACAUAUUGGGGGGCCAUUAGAGACAAGUAGAGUCAGGGAAGACGUAAAAACAUGUGGACAUGCCAUGACAGAGCCCAUGAAGUCUCUAAAUUGAUUGAAAUAUUAGGCCGGAAGUGGAUCUAGAUGAACUGAGUUAGUAAACAUUGUAGGCAAUGGGCAAUAUAUAACUUAUUUACGUGCUGAAGUACUCUGGACUUUUUUCUCAGUGCAGCGUGAGCACAUUAAAACAUGCAAUUACGCUACACCUUUCUCUGGUCUCCUCAACACCACAUGAGCUAAAAUCCUGCUGGCACAGGGUCCCAAAAUUAGGACAACCACGAAAUUGGGGAUUGAUAAUAGUCAUAUCAUAUAAGGUUAAUGGUUCAAACUAUAUUUACCACAGAUACACAUGUUUAUAUAUGAAUAGAAAUUUAAACCUUGUGAUAUGACAACAUGACAUCUACCUCUGCUCUUCGCCAUCUUUUAAAUAUUUUUACCCGAAUGCUAGUUAAUAUGAAAUUAAGUUUUGGAUGUCGGUAUGUAAAGCAAAAUCGCUUUCUUACAUCACAUAAUGGUUGAGCAUUUUUAUAUUUUAAAGAUAUACAUUUUUGCAUGCCUCCAAUGACAAAUUUUCUUUUUGUCGCAGGUAUCGGCCUUGGACUUCUGGUUAGGGAAUAUGGCAAGCUUUCUAACCUGGAUAAGACAUAUUUUGCCUUCCCUGGAGAAAUUCUAAUGAGAAUGCUGAAACUCAUAAUUUUGCCAUUAAUUGUGUCAAGCAUGAUCACAGGUAAGAGGGAGCAUCUAACUAUCAUCUGCGUUUUCCAUUAAUUGUGCUCAAAUGUUACAGAAUUACAUUGCCAAGUGAUGCUUUGUUAUCUCUUUCAACUCUUUGCAAAAUUAAUAUAGGAUAAAUGUUUAGUAAAAGGUAAAUUCACAAAAUUGAGAAUUGACCGGGGCAAUAAAAAUGUAUCCCAAAAUGUAUGUUAAGGCUUUUAAUUGUACAUAAAUGACGCAGCAACGUAAAAAGGAGGGAAAAUAAAUUAACUAAAAUGACUAAGCCAUCUGCAGUCAAAGCUGCUUUGGGCCAAUCAGAAUAAAGCUAUGAUUCCAAUCGUGAUCAAUUACCAGAUAUGCAGCAGAUUAAAAUAAAAUAUAGGACACCUCAAAGUUUGCUGCACAUUGCAGAGUUCCUUGAAUAUGUGCUAACGUUUACAUGUGUUUUGAAUGUUGAGUAACAACCUCAAUAAACAAAGUUCAGAAAAGAAAUACAAGUGGGGAAACACUCUUGAAAGGGGGUAAUCAGGACAAUUAGAACGUACAAAACAUUCUAUUCUUAAGGAACAAAAAUAAUAAAAUAUGUAGUUUGCUGGGAGAGAAGAUGAACAAACACCAACUUGAAAAUAGAAGACAUUGAUUAUUGUAACAUUUCAGUCGGCAUUAUGUGUUUAUUCCUUUAAAGGGAUAUUAUAGUACCAGGAAAACAAAAACAUAGCCGUUUUCCUGGCACUAUAGAAUCCUACAGUCUCCUCUUCCCUCGCACCCCCUCUCAUGCAGCGCUGACGGGAUUCAAACCCCUUCAGUCACUUACCUGAAUCCAGCGCCGAUGUGCCUCGGCGCUGGGUCAGGCUCCACCCAUGCUCUUAAUGUGCAUGCGUGGCAAUGGGCGUGCUUGCCUUUGGCUUUCCCCAUAGAAAACAUUAAUCAAUGUGUCCUAUAGGCAUUCCGGUGACGCUGGAAGUCCUCAUGCAGAGUGUGAGGACAUCCAACGUCAUUUAGAGGACCAGAAGUCGUCUAAGCAACCGGAAGGAGUUAACUCUGAGAUGUAAUUAUUGCAGUUUCUCAGAAACUGCAAUAAUUAGCUUUGCAAGGUUGAGGAACCUGGGACUUUGCACUCAGACCACUUCAAUGAGCUGAAGUGGUCUGGUUGCCUACUGUGUCCCUUUAAAUAAACGGUAGUACAAAACAUAAGUAUUUGUAUAAGUCUGUAUAUUGUACACCCACUAUAAUGUAAUGUAAAAACAUAUAACAAAUACAAGUAAAAUAUAGAUGUAUGCCAACCAUUUAGAUUACCAGUAAACCUUGCAAAACACAUAAAUAAAUAAAAAUGUACCCUACUCUGUAAGCCUCAAGGGUACACAGACUAGAUUACAUGUUGCAAUAAUCUACUCACUGCAGUGGGUACAAGAUCGCUGCAUAAUUAUAUAUUUAAUAAAUAACUAUAACAAAAGUGGACGACCCAUGAUUACUAUGUCAAUGUACAUUUAGAAACCAAAACAAGAACUGUUUUUAUAGAUUUAUCACUCAUGAAUGAAUUUAAUAUAAUGAUAUUUUGUAACUGAACACUAUGCUUUUACCAAGUGUCACAUGGUGCUAUAAAAUUGUAAGUAAAUAAUAAAGUAAAUUAUAAAAUACCCACACAAUAUAAUUAAUACAGACCAUGAUUUUUAAAGGACCUGUUAAUAAGAAUUGUGAAGGAUGGAAUUUGGGCUUGUUUUCUAUCAUGACACUCAUUAGUGCUGGAUUAGGUUAGUAAAAUGUAAGACUGCUAUUAUUAAAUCCGAGUGACAGGAUGUGUCAGUAAGUCACAUAUAUAUGGUGGGUGCAUGUAGGUUGCUGGAUUUUGAGACUGUCAAUUAAGUACAGAUAUUGGAGUUCAGAUUCAGAACAGGUACUACUACUUUUAAAAAAAAUAUAUGUGACUGUAUAAGAAGACAUUUUAAAAUCAGAUAUAGAUAUUAAAACAAAUCACGUUACCAUCCAUUAUGUAUUUAUCCAGCGGUGGAUUCAUGGGGGAGGCAUCAGAGCAACUGUCCCUCUGAAAUCCUUCUGGGGCAGAAUAUGAUAUUAUAUCCCUGCUCUAUUAUUGCUCCCAGUAGCCGGUGCCCCAGUGAAGCAUGCUGAUCGCUGUCAGGACUGUAAUUUCAAUGCCGAUUGGCAGCGCUACUACAGAGAGGAAAAUAAUAUUUUUUCUAUUUUCUGGGUGCCCACUGGGACUAACAUGGGUCUAAAAUCCGCCCCGAUUGAAUCCUCCUUUUGUUGCUCCAAAUCCCACUUUUGCAUCUCCUACCUCCUUUUGUGGUGUUUGGCCCUUUCAUUUGUAUCUUAAACCCCUUUUGAAUGUCUGAGCUUGCAUCCAGAUUAGCUGACCUCAAAGCAUAGCUGUUUUUUUUUUACAUUUUGACUAUUUUGACCUUAAAUUGGAAAGUCACUUUGAAUUCUCAUUUUGGAAGAUAACCCUGGUUGUAUUUUAUAUUAUGCUUUUGACCCUCUUCCGGCUCUCCACCCCUUUUGUGUUUUCUACUCCCAUCUUGUGUCUCUUAUGCCUUUGUGUAUUUUACCCCCUUCUGCACAUGCUACUGCCCCCUUUUACUUCGCUUCCUCAUCACCCCUAUUAUGUCUCUUGCUCUCCUUUCUCUUUCCUCUUUCCCCUUCUCCUUUUGUGACACUUACCCUCUUGUGUAGCGUGGCCUUUCUGACCACGGUAGUGGAUCUCCUUUAUCCUCUACACAAUCUGACAGAGCUGAAUCAUACUCUUUCCCUGCACUGCAAGUAGAUUACUGCCAAGCUGUGAUCUGCGAUCACAUUACAACAAGGGUGGCCACUGGAAGAGGGGUGUUUGAACACGGCCUGUGCCUUCUUGUCAUAGCACUGGCCCUUUUACCAUGUACCAUUUGCCUCUGAUUAAUAAUAACAUUCUGUAUUUUCUCCACUACAUAUGUUCAAAGAUAUUUAUUACAAGGACAUUAUAGGUACCAUAACCACUUCUGCUCAUGCUGUGCAUAUGGGACAAAAAGUAUUUGGGUCAAAUUCAAAUGGGUGUAAAUUGUUUAAAAUUGUUUGACGGUUUGUGAACUUUCUUAUUGGUUAUCCACCUGUGGUUGGCAAUGAUAGGCUUAGAAGGCUAGCCUAUCUUUGCUAUAUAAAGUUUGUCAGGCUAAUGCAAAAGUCCACCUCUGCCAGGUUGAUAAGAAAGGAUGAAAUAAUAUUGACCCUUCCAAGAUAUACAAGUCCGACAGAUACUGCCAAGAUUUAACUUUAACUAAUGAACUAUGUCACUAACCUGUAUUACAAUAUGGCAUAGAUCAUAUUCACUAAAAAUCAUAUUGUGUGGAUCGAAUGUUCCAUAAAACCCUUAAACGCCCCCUUUUUAUAAUAAAUUUAUAGAUCAGGGACUUAGCAAAAUAUGAGACCAUAUUUACUUUUCAUUUAGAAAUACAGAAUCCAUGAAUUGAACACAGGCCACCUAUCACGUACAUAUGUUGUGGUACUUUAGAAUAUUUGAACUUUGGUCAAACGAGUCUUCCGAUUCAGGUUGAGAGACAGCUUCUUCUUUCACUAGUCAACAGUCUCUAGCCUGAAUCAAACUAGUAGAAGCUUAUUUUUAUGAAUUAACAAACUCUUACAAUUUCAAUAGUGAGCCAUAAUAGUUAUACUAUAAAAUAUUAUCCUACUAUCAUUUUCAGGUGCUCAUAUGAAAUCUAGUUUGAUCAUGGGGUCUCAAUAAAAAUCCAUACAUUUAUUUAGUUUUUCUUAUUUAAAUUUUUUUACCUUUUCAGUUCCACCAAAGAGAGCAACACACUCUGGUGUUCAUAUCUAGUCUUUCUUGUAAAUAGCUAAUAGCAUUGUGGUUUUACUCCACGCAGAUGUUUUAAUUUUUUUUUUUUGCUACAUUAGAUGUUAGAUGUUAGAUAAUUAAAUUCAUUAUGGGAUACAUUAGAAAGUGAUGGGUAAAUCAUGUUACUUUUGUAAAAUCGUGUAAAAUCUAACCACAUUCAUGCAAAUAGAAUAUUAGACAAACGGGCAUUUCCAGCAAUACUGACUCUUGAAUUACCAUUUUCCUAAUAAUAGCAAUAUUUAACUUUUUUAUUUUUAAAUAACAUUCUCCCAACACCCAAAAUCAAAUAUCAUUGUCAUUAUGCAUUUCCAAAUAUUGUACUUCAUACAUGGCCUGCCAGAGAUGAGUAGGGGUAACUAUAUGCAGCUGCUAUCAUUAAUGCAAUGCAUAUUCGGUCUCUCCAGCUUCUUUCCAGAUAUCUUAUUAUCAGGAGUGGGAUUGUGUAAAUCACACCUUCACACAAUGUUUCCAGAAUAUUACAAGUUUCCUACUUCUAGCCCUAAUUUCAAAAAUAUUGUGUAAUAGAUGUGGUUCUGGAGACAUUUAUAAACCAUUUGACCUUUGAUUUGUGUAUUUUUUCUUCUGUCUGAUAUUAUGCUAUGUUUCACUUAUCCCAUAUUCUCAUUUCUUUAUAUGACAUGAAACUAUGAUUUUAAAUAAAAUCCUAUUUAUUUUUUUCUCUUUUUAGGUGUUGCAGCAUUAGACUCUAGUGUAUCGGGAAAAAUUGGUCUACGGGCUGUUGUGUAUUACUUCUGUACAACUGUCAUAGCUGUUAUUUUAGGUAACUGAAUUGCUUACUAUAAUUAUUAUUAGUAUCAUGUUUGUAUGUUUUGUAUCUUAUUCAUCUUGUUAAAUAGCUUGAUUAUCAAGUGAAAAAUGCGUUAUAUGGGUAUGGGUAAUGUUUUAAAAUAAUGCCAAAAAACUAAACUAAAAAUAUAAAAUACGAUAAAUUGAAUACACUAUUCAGAGGAUAUCUUGCAGCCAGGCCUCUUCCAUAACAGUUAGACAUGUUCCAAACAGGAUCGUCUCAUUCUGAUCUUCAGUCAGGAUUGUCUCAUGCUAAUCUUAAAUCAGGAAUGUCUCAUUCUGAUCAAUCAGGAUUGUCAUCCUCAUCCUGUUCUUCUAUCAGGGACUCAUCUUAUCUCAUUAUUAUUAUUAUUGGCAUUUAUAUAGCGCCAACUUAUUCCGCAGCACUUUAGAACACUAUAAGGAGGGAAAUUUAACAAUAAAUGAGACAAUUGCAAAAUGUUACAGGAACAAUAGGUUGCUCAAACUAGCUUACAGUCUAUAGGAGGUGGGGUAAGAAAUCACAACAGGAAGGACAGCAGUGUUUUAUGGGAUGAGUUAUUUACCACCCACAAUGUAAUCAUUAUAUAGGAUGGUUAGAAUUACAUUAUAAUCUGAUAGCUCCUGAAAAUGUGGUGAGUGAGCCUAUAACCAUGCUGUAUCGCUCUGAAACGUUCUCUCCACCAAUAAUAUUAGUUUUGCCAUAUUUAAACAAAGACCUGCCUGUUCACUUAGACCAUUGUCUCUAACCUCAAAAUCCCUGAUGCAAACAUAACAUGUAUGACGAGCUUAAGCCUAUUCCGGAGAAAGGUGCCAUUUAGGCUGUUGUUUAUUUCUUUAGCAUUUAGAAGUGUUUUUCUAAGCUAAUUUUACAGUUGCCUAACAGAUCAUAAAGCUUCUGCCAUGUACGCAAUUCUGGUUUCAGUCCUAAAAAUUUAAGAAUUACUGGAUUACAUUGAGAGUAUUUCUGCGGCCUUCUUAUAAUAUCCUAUAAGUAAACAAUGUACCCAGUAAUGGGACUUUUUUAAGCAGGCGAUUGCAUCAUCAAUAAUACCUGUAAUAAAAGUAUAUGGAUUUUGAAGCUGAAAACUAAAGAUUAUCUUACAGUAGUUUUCCUUUGAAGUAACAGUUAAUUCUUUCCACCAAUUCUCUGUUUUAAAAAAAAAUAAAAAUAGGUAUUGUACUGGUGGUAAGCAUCAGGCCCGGUGUGUCUCAAAAUGCUGACGACAUUGACAGAACAGGUUCCACCCCUGAAGUUACUACAGUAGAUGCCAUGCUCGACCUGUUAAGGUGAGGCAUAACAGACUGAAUGAAAAUGUUCUUGCAUCUAAUAUUAAAGGAACCUCAAACAUUUUUAAAGGAUUUACAAGUGCUCUGUAUUUGCGAACUAAAGGGUUCACAAUUUUUCAACAAAAGCUCUCCCUGUUCACAGAAUGUUUCUUUAGACAAGCUGAUUUUUUAAUGCAGAGUGUCAGUGUUCAAUAGUUAAUGGCUGUAAACUCUUUAGGAUUUGAUAUUUUUGUGGGCAAGUCAAGUUUGUCGUAUAAGAGAACGUUGUCGUACAAUGUCGUAUAAGAGAACACAUAAAUGUUGUUUUCUGCUUGUGUUAAGCCGUGGUUAUUCAUCUUCUACUGGCUUUGGCUUAUGAAUAGUAUGCUUUAUUAUAUAAAUUUCAAUCCCAUGUUCCCUGUCCCCAUAUACUGUACCUAAUGACAUGUAAGUUUCAUAAGAACAUACAUGAUUCCUUAUUGUGGAUGCAGUGCUAAGAUUGGGGUUGCCAUCUUUCUUGAAAAAUAAAAAAUACCGGCCAUGCUAUUUGCAUAAUUAAUGAUAUAUAUGUGACAUCACAUGAUAUGACAUCACAGGAUAUAAAUCAGCAGAAAUUACAUAAGAAAAAAAAAAAAUUUCAAAAGGGGAAAAUUCUGUAAAUCAAAAAAAAACUUUUCUUUUUUUAAAUUCUAGGCUGAAUUGGAGAAUUUAUCAAAUCAAUCAUUUUUGUCUAUAAUUUCCAAUUAAUAUCCCAAUGCACUACAUUUAACAGUUUACAGAAUAAACCUCAGUAGGUUUUUUUUUUGUUUUUUUUCUAAACUAAAGAAUUUAGUAGAGAAUUGAAAACCAAACUACAAACUUAAGGACGAAGUUGUGGAUCUGGAAAAAAGUUCUGCUGCAGUCCCACUGUGGCUAUUUUUGAAUAGAAUUUUGGAAUUUGUUUUUGAUGUUGUUUUGUAUGAAUGCAUGUGUAUUUUUAAUUUAGGGGUGAUUUUAUAAGGCACAUUCCAGUUCCAGAAGGGGUCCAGUUCAGUAAUGACCCCUUCAAUGGGUGCCAUAAAAUAGUUUGUUAAUAUAAGCUAUUUAACAGAAUGUGUCAAUCCCAAUGUGUGAUUCUAUCUAUACACUUACAAGCACAGAAAUCAUCAUCCAUCACUGUCAGACUGUAGGGUAAUACUCAGAGGAUAGUUGAUUGGGCAGUUCAUAUCAGCGGACCUCAGAAGAAUGUGUUAAAUAAUCCUAUUAUCUACCAUACAAGAUCCACCGCACUCGCUCAUUCACUAAACCGUAAUUUCAAGUAUUUAGUUACAGUAUCUUAUGCAAUGUAUGAUCAUAUACUGUAACUAAAUCCCUAUUAGGUUUGCCUAGGUGAGAUGUUUUUACAUAAAACUAUUACAUCCUGUGAUACUUGAAAUUGCAGUUUAGUGAAUGAGCGAGUGUGCUGGGUCUUGUAUGCUGUAUGAAUUGGCCCCAGCAGCACCCUAUAAUGUAUGCAUGUUCAGGUGAGUGCAGGCUCUUGGUUUGAUAUAAAUAUUCCUAUUAUGUCUAUCGCAUGCUAAUUGCUCUAACUGUACUAUCUAUUAAACAAGAGAUCUGUUGUGUACCUUCCAUAUGAAUAACAUAAAGUCAGACAGUGGGUUCUACUCAUCAUCUGAGACAAACUUUGAAAACAGAACAUUUAUAUAUUAACAAUGAGCUGCAUUCAACUCAAUACAUUUUUAACUGCUGACAUUUUAUUUAAAAAAGCCUAAUUAUUAUAAAGCUAAAACUUCUACAGCUUUAGAAAAACUAAGUAAAGUAUAAACAGAAAUAGCUUAAUUUGACAGAAACAAACCAGUAAGUUUUGAGAGCUCUGUCUACUCUACAUGCAUUCAAAGUACUGAGCCAGGAUUUAAUUAAAAACAUGAGACAUUUCAAUGUUUUAUUUUAAAAAAUUAGGCCUCAAUUUAAUAUUUUUGGAUAAGCUUUCCAAAUAAAACAUUUUCAUAAUUUUUGGUGUACUGAUAUAUAUUUAUUAUAUAUUAUAUAUUUUUUAUGUUUUAAUAUUUGGAGGGGGGGAGUUAAUAUUAAAUCAUUUGAAAAGCUUAUCCAAAAAAUAUUAAAUCAAGGCCUAAGUCUGGUAUCUAAUUCUUGGUGUUCAUACAAAGCAUGUACAGUUGAUGUUAAGCACAUAAACACACAUCAGGGAUGUCAUCACAAGGCUCUGGGUACUUAGUACUUAGUUCCCUGGACAUUUUUAUUAUAGUAUUGGUAUUAGGGUUGUGAGAUUAUAUAUGUCUUUUAUAGACUAAACAUUGUGUUAUAUGCUCUGAAGUCCACACCAAUCACACAGGUCUCAAAUUGUACAGUUCUAAUUAGAAAAUAAAAAAGCUCAUAGAAGUUCAGAGUUUUUUAUAAACUGCAAUAAUUACCUUGCAGGGUUAACUCCACCUCUAGUGACUGUCUACUAGACAGACACUAGAGGGCACUUCCUGCUCAAUUCCCCAUAGGAAAGCAUUGAAAAGCAUUUUCAAUGCUUUCCUAUGGUGAGCUCCAAUGCGCAUGCGCAUGCACAUUAGGUCUCCCCGGCCGGUGAGCGGGAUCAGUCUCGCCCACCAGCCGACGUAAUGACUGGGAGGAGUGGCGGCGAGAAGAAACCACCGCCGAGGGACAUCGGUGGGGUCUCAGGUAAGUGACCUGAAGGGGUUUUCACCCCUUCAGCUACCGGGGAUUGGGAGGUGGGAGGGAGAGGGGACCUGCAGUGCCAGGAAAACAGAUUGUUUUCCUGGCACUGGAGUUUCCCUUUAAGGAGGCACUGGUUUCACACUGUACAGAUUUACGGCUCAUUCAAAAGAAUAAACCACUGUACCUUUACAAGAUCAGGUAUCUUUAUUAAAAGAAAAGAACGGAAACCUCUUACAGAUCUUCUCAGACAGUCCUCUAUCUGCACUACUAGCCAGGCCUGGGGUGAAUUUCUACUUUUUUUACUCGCCAAUGGCUAGUGAAAAGGUAAAUUUUGAGCCCUGCUUGGGGUCAAACUUUGUAUUUAGUGAGGACAAGGAACGGUAGAAAUCAUCGGACUGCAUUGGUUAUGCCCAAUUCAUCAGGAUAAAAUAUUGCCAUGUUGAGUAUUUUUUCCCCAUUACUGCUAUUUUUUCAUAUAAUUUUAUAUCCUUUUAACAUUUCCCCACAAUUCCCAGGUUAGUAAAUAAACCUGCUAGUGCCUUUAAUAUUUGCCGUUCUUAAUUUUUUGGUGACACUAUAUCAAACAGAGGAUACAGUUGUCACACGUUUCCACUUUGCAUUUAGUAAAUUCUAUUGAAGAUGGAGUAAGAUUUGUUUGAGUCUUAGUGGUGUUGUUUUAGGGUCUUGGAAUAGAUGAUCUUAUCACAAUGGUAUGGAAAUGUGAAUAUCUAAUAAAAGGUUGUUGAAUGCCCUGAAUAUUCCUGGACUAUUGCAAAGCCAAAUGGAAAUGACAAUGUUUGUGUAAUGCCAGUACUUGGCAUUAGAGGCAGAGAUUUUAGAACUUAGACCCAUGCAAUAUUUUUGAAAUAUAUUCUUGAAACAACGCUGACAGUUAAGUUCAUAAUCUAAAAAGGCAAUGUUCUCCUGAUACUCCAACUUAAAUUACUUUUACUGGGAAAAUAUGGUACAGUGUGCCAUAAAUUGACUGUAUUCAUUUACUAUCAUCAAAGCAGGUUGGUUAAUCUUUCAUUUAUUUUUUCAGAUUGUUAUCUUAAUUGUUGAUGUACAUUUUGUUAUCACCAGGUGUUGACAUUUAACUUGAUUAUUGUUACUUUUGAAGAUAACACAGUUUUUCUCAGUUUAUUAAUAGUUAUGGAACCUAAUAUUUGUGAUGGAAAUUUAUGAAGCAGUAUUCUAUGUAUUUUGAGCAGCUAUACAACUGCUGGCUAUAGUUACAGAACCGCUUUUAGUGUAUGUUCUUCCAGUGUUGUAUUAUAUCUGAUAUUUAGCCAAUUUGUCUCCUUUUGUGAGCAGUUUCAUUUCGAUUGUGAGCAGAAAAUCAGAACAGGAAACUCAGUUCUAGACAAUAGUUAUAGUUCUAUUGUUACAAUAAAAACGUAAAUAAAUAAGCCAUCAUUUGUGUAUCUCAUAGCUUCAUAUCUUACUCCAGAUAUAGUAAAUUUAUGGAAUGCAUAUCUACCUUGGACGGAAACAACUCCAAGGCCCAAGUAAGUUUCUUGUGAUUAAAUACCCCACUGAUCCGGGUAGGGGGUGAAGACCAAGUCUUCUGACCCUGAAAAAGUAGAUCUUCUUUACGCAUUAAGUGUGAUCAUGGCUCAGUGACAUCUCAAAAUGAAAGUAGGCUGCAGGGUAAUAGGUCUAAAGGCUAUGAGUCAGCUAUCCGUCAUUCUGCUCUAAAACACCUUAGAAAGUGAUUUGAGGAUGUCCUCUUAACAAAGGUAGUUUUUCAUAGUUUCAGUUGCUAACAAGUCUUGAUUGCAGUUUAUUAUAGUUGAGUGUAAGAAAGAUAAGUUUUGAUGAGUUUAACCUUUGUUCCAAAAAAUAACCCACUUCAAUCCCUGAAGAUGUCAACUGGGUUUAGGUUUAUCAACAAGAUAUACACAGACAUAAAGCGGGAUUAGUUUUUUCCUCAUGCCUCCAUAAUCACAUGUAAAAUGUUUUGGCAACAACAGUUAUCAUAUCUUUAAACAUAACUGUUCUUGUUACUUUGGAAAUAGAUAAACUAAAGCCAAGAUUUCCACAUGUAUUAAUACUUACCUCUGAUAAAUAGAAGUCAUUAAUAUAUAACUUUACACAACUCAAGAUGGUUGUGUUAUUUAUAUCCUGAUUGUACCAAAUAUCAUGAAGACUUUCCGCUAAUCCAAAGGGUUAAGCCUUCUGUCAGCUUAGCAGUUCAUUUCUGGGCUCUAUUAAUUCUGAGUUUAUAUUUUGUUGUCAUGGUUUCGAACAACAUAUGUCCUUUAUUUAAAGAUUCCCAACUUGUGAAAUUUAAAAAAUGUACAGUCUUUCUUUAAACAUUCAUCUGUGUACAUUUACGAUGAUAUUUGAUGGGUUUUUGUAAUUGCUGUCUGUCAUUAAUAUAUCUUGUUUUACAAGAUAUAAGAUAUCAUUUUAUUAUUGCAUAUUUUUCAGUAAAUUAACAAUGAUAUCAUUGUUAAAGUAUUGUUUGUUGGUAAUCAACGAUGAACUAAAUAAAUGUUAUAAAUAAUAAUUUCAUUUCAUUAUCUAUUAAAUUGUCUAAAGAAACAUAGACAUUUUUUAAAUAUCUACUUUUGCCUCUAGAAAUAUGUUUCCAGAAAACAUUGUCCAGGCUUGCUUCCAACAGGUGAGAUAUUUUUAUUUAUAUGAACUGUAUAGGCCUGAUCUGGUGCAAAUAUUGAAUAUUUAUUAUAGUUAUUUCAAACAAUCUUGUUUCUUUUACAUUUAUAAUUUCCGUUUUACUCUCCACAAAUUACAUAGUUACAUAGUAGUCUAUGUUUAAAAAAGACCAAAGUCCAUCAAGGUCAACUUUGAAGCCCAUUCUUUUAAGUUGUUUGUCCAAAAGAAGGCAAAAAAAUAAAUAAAUAAUAACACUAUUAUAGCCACAUUAUGCAACAAAAGGGAAAAAUUCAUUCUUGGCAAUUGCAACCAUAUUUCUCCUUGGAUCAACAACCUCUUUACAUACAUAUUAAUUAUAUCCUUGAAUUGAUCAAAAGCAUACAGGCUGUUUCAAAAAUAUUUAUAUAAUUCUGUUAAGACAAACUCUUGGUAGAGAAUUACACAUUUUUAUCGUUCUUGCUGUAAAGAACCCUUUCCUCUGCUGUAUGCAAAAACUCCUUUCUUCCAGUCUCAAUGGGUGAUCUCUUGUCUGUUGUAUAUUUCUACUAGUGCGCAGGUUAGCACUGACCCUUUAAAUACUGCUCCGUAAGCUAUAAAUCACAUACAUUACAUUUGAAUAGUAUUUUAUAUUGUUAUUUUGAGAUAGGAAGUCAUAAUCUAAAUGGAAAUAAAACUAAAAAUGUCAGGCAUGUAAAUAUAUUAUUGUUUUAUAUUGAUAUGAAUUUAAACACAAUGGUCAUGCAAAUUUCUCCAUUGCAGUACAAAACCAAGCGUGAAGAACUGAAACCUACAGAUCCUAAUAAGAACAGCACAACAGAUAAGAAUUCUACUUUCGAUUUAAUUUUGACAGCUGAAGAAACUGUGAGUUGUUUUUCUUGGAUUUGUUCCAAUUUAGAAAAUCACAUCUAAAACUUUAUGUUCUUACAAACCUCACUCUUAGGUGUAUAGAGAGCCAAAAAACUGACCACAUAUGACUUUAGCUUCUCAUACACUUAUGACAGGAUAAACUACUUCAUUACCAUUGCAUCACCCCCUAAUUAAAUAUUUUUCUGUAGGAUCCAUUACUUUAUCUGGUCACAUGGACAUUUCUGUACUUAUUGUCCUUCUACUCCUUUCUCAUCUUUAGCUUACGUUAUAAACACAUCAUAGCCCCAUCCUGCUGGGUGUGCCUGGGCACACCCUAAUCCCUGCGGCCCUUGCUAUGUGCCUCCAUGGGCUGGUGAGGGAGAUCGAAGAUCGAAGAUCUCCCUCACCGGCCCACAGGGAGGGAGGCAGGAGAGGACCCAGGGAGCUGUAGCCAGCAGCUCUGCCAGGUUCCCCUCGUGAGGUCGGAGCGUUGCCAUGGCAAUGCUCAGAUCUUGCGAGAGUGAACUCAGGCCCCGCAGGCUAGAGUUCACUCACCACUGGACCACCAGGGAGGGAGGCUAUUUCCUAAACAGUCCCCCCCACCACCACAGUCCCUCCAAACAAAUACACAAAAACAGCAUCCUCUCACACACAGCACCCUUACACACACAGCGCCCUCACACACACUGUUUCUAUUGAUUAUAUAUAUGGAUGUGUGAAUUGACAUAAGUAACAGUUGGUCUAAGUCACAAGGCUUUCUUUGUCCGAGAGCUCUGGAAUGUGGAUAUGGGGGUCUUGUCCUUAUAUGGCUAGAGUUAUAGUAUGAGCACAUCUAUAUAGUAACAGAGGGACACAAGGUCACGCUCUGUCUUGGCUCGCUCUCUCUGGCUUGCUCUCUCUCGAUGUUAAGAUGUAUGGAUGUAAAUAAGUCCAGCAAUUAC